AUGUGGAAGCGUGAUCCACCCGUCCCAGUUAUUCCUUCCAACCGUGCCACGCUUCUCUCAGACGGCUCACUUCGGAUCGUGAAUGUUCAGCCCGAAGAUGUGGGAAACUACAUUUGUCAAGCAAGCAGCGAGGGAGGUGUUGUUGAGGCCGUUGCCCGUAUUGACAUCAUCAGUUCACCUGGCUUUACUUCAACGCCACCGGGGUAUGUAGUUACUCUUGAGGGCACUACUAUACAUCUUCCUUGUGCUGCUUCGGGCUCACCAAGCCCAGAGAUACGUUGGAUUCGUAAGGGGACGUCGGAUUAUUAUGUCGGUGGAAUAACGACUUCGUCUGAUAGAAUAACGACCGGUGAGACCGGCUCACUUAUAAUUAAAUCUUCACGCAUAUCGGACGCCGGAACGUAUGAAUGCAGAGCCUCCUCACCAGUCGGAUUGACGAGGACCACCACUAAAUUGCAUGUCAGACCCAAUCCAAGUCUUUUCCCAGGCCGAGUUGGAGCAGUUUCUCCUCCUAUCAUUAGACUGUCAAGUCGAGAGCCUCCAGAUAUGAUCAAGCUUCUUUGCUCCGUCCCGGAGGAUUCGGGAUUUGUUAAAUAUAUGUCCAUUGACAGCGCAGAUAACACCGAAAAUUCUACACAGUCCUUUCCGUUUGCAUCCUAUGAUCUCCGUUGGUAUAAGGGCGAUCAGGAUCUUUCUUUGAACAUGCACCCGAACAAUCGUUAUUCGGUAGAGUCUGAUGGUUCCCUUGUAAUACACCACCUUAUGGAGAGCGAUGCUGCCAACUACACGUGCUCGGUGACUUCUUUGGUGAGCAAACGCCUCGCAGUGUGGGAUAUUCGUCUAAUGUUUGACGUUAAUCCUCAGCACUUCGUGCCGACUGUCUACUUUCACUUGCUUCCUGCUGCUCCUUUUGAUUUGCAAGUAUCUGCAGUUGGAGAUUCGUGGAUUUCUCUGAAAUGGCAUCACGAUGGGAGUUUGCAGGACCGGUUUCAGGUCUUCUUUUUGCUUCAAACACCAAGUGCUAACUAUGUUUCCCCUUCAAAAAGCGUCCUGCAAAUGACUAGUGCCAGUGAAGAAAACCGAAAAUAUCAGUUUGACUACUGGGAGCUUGCAAAAGAGUCUACGUCCGAAAGGAGAUUUAAUCUGUUGGGUCUCCUGCCUGACAGCGGAUAUUGGAUUGAGGUGCGAGCAUUUAAUGCAUUUGGAUGGAGCCAAGGUUCUAUUUUUCCUCGUCCUGUCUACACGCAAGUUUCGUCGUUUGUCGUCUUUCCGAAUGCAUUUCCCCACUCCGACUCGCCAGAAGUUUCGAAUGCACUCAUUGAUAAGCCUGGCGGUGGUCGUCUCGCACAAGACUUUCAAGACAUGGUAUCCCGUAUGCAUGGGAUUGCAUUUCCCCGAGUUUCUGCCCGGAGUUUGAGCUCUUCCGAAGUACUUGUUAGUUGGACUACUAAGGGGUCAAGCGGAGCGCUGAAACUCGUCGAUGGAUUUUUGAUUUCAGCUAAACCAGUGUUCAUGUCACGGUGUUUAGCAGCGGCUUCCUCGAAUAUCAAAGCCAACAGAGGCGUCAGUGCGCAACACUGGAUAUUUGGUGGAGUGAACAGUUACGUCGGUGCGCUCCUAAAUGACAGAACCUACUGUAGCUUCAGUAACGAAUUCUUCCUCGAAAAAAUCCAUCAAGAUGCUUUGUUGGGCGGUAUCGGACACUUGCCAACUUCUUUGUCGUCUGGGAAUGAAACCUCAAAUCGUGCAAAACCCAUUCCUGACCGCACGGUUCUUGUACCCCGUUCUGUCUCACGCGAAGAUCCCACCACUGGAACUGUGAUUGGAGACUUGCACCCAUUCUCUUGUUAUGAGAUCUCGGUAAAGGCUUUCAAAAAUGAUCUCACCUACGGUAAGAUUUGGAGUCGCGAAACGCAAGCUGAGCUAGUUAUGAGUCUGGACUCUACACCAAGUCAAGCUCCACAACUUCGGUCGGCGAACUGGUUAUCUGGGCAUAUGGAUAUCAAAGCAGACACCAGGGAUUCACAGCUUUCAAUUGACAUGGCUUUCACGGGAGCAUCCAGAAAAUUUAGUACAGACUCACAUGGAUCUCUGUCCAAUCGUUCAGUUUUUGGUGGUUCUUAUCCAAUUAGCUCCCAUGGAAUUCGGCUCAGUUGGGCGCCUUUGGACAUUCACGUUUCACAUGGAGCUCUCCUGGGUUAUUCAAUACAUAUAGUUGCCAACGAGUCUGAAUUCAGUCAUUCAAAGAAGGUAACAUAAAAUUUUCAUCGUUUGAUUUUGAGUUGUGCUUUCAAUCACCACCCACGGAUAGCUCAUUUACUGGACUUUAUUCAUGAUUGUCUUAUGGAUUAGGAUACUUUUCGUAAACCACAAAAACUUCAUUCAUUACUGGCGAACUGGUAGACACAAUCUAAGGCAUAAAAUAAUGCAAACUGAUAUAACUACUGUUUUCUGGUGCAUUUCCAUACUGUCCUUUAGGCCAAGCGCAGGCUUUAGAACCACAAUUAUACUGGUCUGAUUUCACUGGAAUCUAACUCUCUGAUCCACUCAGGGUUCAAAAUAUAAUGGCUAUUUUGGCUUGAUUUCCCGUGCCAAACACCCAUAUAGUAUAAGUCCUGGUCAGGAAGACCUACGAUCUUAACCUGGACACCGUUCUCUAGUUUAAAUGUCUUCAAGCUCUGAGCGCAGUCCUUUUUACAGUUAGAAACAAAGCUUCCACUGAAGAUCGUGUAGUCCAAAAGAAUGGAAAAUCAGUGCCAAGUUCGAAGGCGUCCAGCUUUAUCGUUUUUCUCAGACAUUGCGUGUUUUUGGCAUAAACCGAGUGCAGCGUAAUUAAACUUGCAUUGCUUGUCCAUUAUCACUGAAUUGUUGAGCACUGAAUCUAAUAAUUCGAUCUUAAUCAGGUUUGCAUGCUCAUGGCAGUUGUGGCAAUCAAAGUUAUUAACACUGCAUUUAAAAUUAACGGAAUGACAUUAAGACCAGUAGAAACUCAGCAAGUUAGUUCGCAGGAAGGAACUUAACCACUGCCCAACUUACUAUGCAUUUUCAGGCACCGGACCAUCAUGAUAGGUUAAAACUUGUGGAAUCAAGUAAGUUGCGGAACCUGAAAACCUACGGAAAUUUUUACAAAUACUUCGGGUAGAAAACACGCUUUGGAACGAUGCUAGUGCUAGUGGGUGGGGAACGUGGCUUAUCGUUGAUUCAAACGCGGGGGUAUGGUGGCUUUAUACUCAAGAUUUCUACAGACGUUCCCAAUGACCACUUAGACUGAACUUACUGAAGUAAUGUUUUCAGCGGCUUUUGCAUGCUUUAUUAAAGUUUUAUUAGAAACUACAUAUGAAGAAUGGGUAUGUUUAAAUGUGUUUUUCUAAUUUUGACGAAUAAACACAAGUUCACGACCAAAACUUGCUGAUAUAAGCCUCUGGUAGCAACAGGUCCCUUGACCCAUUUUCAAAGUUUGAGAUCAAUUGUAAUGUUUUAUUCACUGCAAAAUGUAUCUCCAUGGCAGUAUGAAAAUUAUGGAACAGCUUUUAGGAAACAGGCGUAUGUAAAGAAUUGGGUUCUCUUUGGAGAAGCAUGAAGUACAUAGGAAAUUUAACAACCGAAGUCUUCCGCGACUUAAACCGCUAAUUUUGAAGAAAAAGCUAUUUCUACCAAAGGAUUCCGAGGGUUGAUUUUUUUCCACUAACCCCCUAACAAAUAUUACCACUUUGAGGGACGUUAAAGUAGCAGUACAAGAAACAUACUACUCAGUCGCGGGUCAGGUUAAUGAAAUAGUCUUCGUCGGCUGCAAAAGUCGUCAGUCGCACAUUGGAAUACUGCUCUACAAGAGCGUGUUCCUUGCUCCUUCUUGCUGAUGGAUAUUUUUAUCCUACAGUCUGUUUAAGAGUUUCAUUUCCGUCUCCCUGGUUUUCCUUUUCCCACCAAAAGUAAUGGUAUAAAACAUCUCAAUUUCACAGCCUGCUGAUCCUCAUGGUUCAUCAGGCCAACUCCGGAGGCAGCCACCCGGCAUAAUCAGGAUUUAGAUUUGCAAAACUUUUUUUGCUCUUUGUCAUCGUGUGCGGGCAGGUGCCAAGCAUAUUUUCAACAUAUUUCUUCCACUUGCGCUAAAUCUGUCAUCGUCGUUUGCCAGGACUACUUUUGAAGAGCAUGUGAGCCGUUUUGGUGGUGUUUUCCCACCCUGCAACAUGUUCAAUCGCAAGGAGAGUUUUGGAUGUAACCUACGGUUUGCACACGAGUGUUAUGUUGUUGUUUUCAACGAUGAGUUUGUGACCAUAUUCGUUCGGUCGCGCUGCGGAAGACUACCAUUGUUGAAGGAUGGUUGAUGAAACCAUUCGAAAAUGUUAAGUGGCGUUUAGGGAGCUUUUUAGAGGACCAUGGUGGUUGAUCGUGAGUGGCGUAAGGUGGACGUAAUUUGGAUGAAAAAAUAUCCUUGCACUCCUUACAGUGGAAGCUAUCUCAGCCGACAGGGUUUAGUCAGCAAAUGUUUAGGGCUAUUUACUCAUGGCUAUCCCUGUGCUCCAAGGGCCUUUCUUUCAAUAAAUUCCAUAACAGAACAUCCCGGGAUUCUUAUGUCAAAAGACGGAUUUUCUUUGGUCUCUGAAAGUCACAGCAGCCUCCAUGCUAACUUCGGGAAAUCCCUCGUUCAGCGACCUAGAGGAUGCCAUCCGGGCAUCAUUUCCUUCCCCCCUACUCUCUAUUAUUCAAAAGUAGCCUUUUCAUACAUUCAGACAAUUCCUUUCUCAACACCACUUCUAUAGAAUCAUGUUGUGCCUGUCCAGCUUUGAUUCUUAUCCACUAUUCUCACCUGACGUAUUCCGUUAGAACUCAAGAGGUUUAGUUGUCAGACAGGCCGUUUGACCAAGUGACUGCUAUCUGAUUGUAGCUCCCACUAUCACAACGAAACACUAGAGUAACCGAUAGCCGGGAUGGUUGCCUUCUGCUUCUGUUUUAAGACUACGAUUGAUGCGCUUAUAAACAAAUUCGGAUCAUCUUUACGGGGAAAAGCUGUGACUAGACUGCGUAGGAUUUAUUGAAACCAGAAGGGGUGUUUAUUCCAUCUUCCCAUCCAUUCUUCCUGAAUGUAUGCCACCGCAGGGGUUCUGUUUUUUGUCCCGUCCCUCAGAACUUCCUCUCGUUUCUCCGGUCGUUAGACUUUCACAUCGCAGGCACAGGCCUAUCAAUUAUGCCCUCUGAUCUCCCAACUGGCAAGGCGUACUUCAAAAAUUCCUAGGUUUAUUAAGCUCAUUGUAGAUGUCCUUUUGUUUUCUACUUAACUUUUGACAGGAAUGCAAAAUGAGGCUCUUUCUACUCUUUUUCGGUUGUGAUAUUGUAGACGGUCAACAGUGCAUUACUAUCCUCUCCCUCGCCAAAAACGCAAGUUUCUAAAUCAGCAGUCCAAUUUCACCUGAUAGUUCUUUGUUCGUCAUAAUUUGCCCAUGCAACUAAUUCCGCUUUUUAUGGGAAUUUCGAAGACUUGAGUAGAUGUUUUGCUUGUCUUGGCUCACAAGGGCAGAAAAUCACCUGGCUUUAUCGGCGUUUGGCUUGCCGAAAGUUAUGAGUAGAUAGAUUCGCUGUUUGUCCAUGCCUUCGCUGAGCGGGAGAAGUGCCAACUGCACUAAUUGCCUUAGUUAUUAUUUUAGCAUUACGUCGUGUUCUUUUUGGCGUUGGGAAUUCCUUCCAUUUCUACUACAACUGUGUCACUGAUAUUUGUAGUCGACGUGGUAUCACAUUCGCCGUCAAUGUCUAGGCCAAAACUUCAUUUGUGUGCUGGUAACCGGUGACGCCAAGGAUUACACUUUACGUCUUCUUGGUGCUGUCGAUAGUGUCACAGUUGAUAUGGUUCGUUUUUCGACGCUGAAUUAGAGAAAUAAAUAAAAGUAAGCCUUUAUGACAAACCCAGAAUGGCCACCAGACGUUUGUGCAUGUGUAAACUUUUUGUUGUGGGAGAUUCGAAUUUCAAGGCCGGGUCCGGGAUCUCCAUGAAAGGAGAAUCUGCUGCUCAAAUGAAAAAGAACUGUUGGACGUUUUGGACCGUCUUAUCAUUACAGCCACUUACUUCCGGCAUCCUAAGAGGCAUCCAGUCACCUUCUAACUUAGUGCUGAUCGCACUGGAAACCCGAUUGGUCACAUACUUGGCUUACCGCCCUGGUUUAGUUCAGCACAAGACACCUGCACAACGCGUGUCGCCGACACAGGCAGGUGAGACUAACAAUGGUCACGCUCUUGGGAAAACUCGUCUACGUGCUUUCUAAAAAACAUUGCGUGCAAAAAAAUCAGUGUCGACCAACUCAAGGAUCCGGCCGUCACCAAACCUUUUGUCGCCAAUCUCUUCGUCACACUAACACGGACGAUAAUUGACUCUCAGACCUGUCGAGUAGACGGAAACUGGAUUGAACUGAGGCAUAAACCGGAGUAACUCGCAAGGGGUGCUAGAACACAAUUAGAGAGCAGUAUGAACGGAAAGACUAGUCCCAGGAGUCCGCUAAUAAAAAAAGACACAAUCGACUUAGUAAGAGUUUUAUUCGCCAGACGUUUCGAGUUGCCUCCCUAGCUCAAACUCAUAGAUAUCAGUAGGUAACUGUAGUGGAAUCCACAGACGUUACAUUAUUUAUGGGAUGCAGUCGCCACCCAACCACACGCCCGGUAAAACUGACAACCUCCGCACCAAUCACAGGCCUUCGUUCAUAGUGUGAUUGCUUCAGCAUCCGCAUCCGAUAUUGGGCACUUGAGCUCAGAAUUACCACUGUUUGAAAUCGUGAUCACCCGUCGCUCCGUGCGUGGCUGACUACUCUGUCCAGGGGCAAAGCCUUAGCACGGAAUAGGAAUGGGGGAGAUCAUUCUGGCUGCUGAUGAACCACGGGCCGAAAGACCACGACUUAAGCAGCUUGUUUAUCACCUCGCGCGAGGAUCUCAGCUUCGUGGAACCUGAAGAUAUGGCGGAGUCCCCUCGUGUGAGCUGCAGCUUGAGAGUUAGCAUCCUUCUUCCACAUUGGUGGCGCGUUCAGCCAUUCGCAUUCGCGGUUAUCUUCAGUUUUUUUCAUCGUAACUAUGGCCACAACUGCACGAUAUCCGGUAAACAACUCCAAACGUUCCUUGCCUUCCCAGCUUCGGUCUCAUCACAUGGCGCCUAAUGGUUGUCCUUGGUCUGCGUGUUACACCAAUUCCGGGUGGCCCGAGAAGGCGGCUUACAACUUCCAAGGCAUUCUUGACGUACGGAAGUGCUUACCAAAAUUCGAAACCGGUGUUGCGUGGACUUCCAUCUUCCCUUUGCCUGCAUCGUUUGACUCAGUUGCGCGGCUAGCCGUCCGCCCUGAGCACCCAUCGUGGUUAUUGUAAUUCGACAAUUUUGUCUUCCGGUUCAUUGCAUUUCUCCCGGUUGUUUUCUUCCCCUGACCUGCAUGGUGCAUCUGGGAAGGCGACGCUAAGUUGUCCAUUUAAUGGUAGUACCUAAUCCCGUUCGAUGACGAAGGUAUCAUCCACUUAUCCAGCCCAGAAUUUCGAUCUGUGGUGUUGGAAAACCAGUGACUCCAAUCGUUACACGGUCGUCUUGACUUUGGGUCCAGAAGCUGCGCAGCACAUCCUGAACUACUUGAAGGCUUCCGAUAUCUUUGGUCGAACUUUCUGUCAAACGGGCAAUUUGUGAACAAAAUUGGCCAUUGGGCCAAGUAGGCGGGCACGGUCCAUGUUCAAAUUCUUUGGAACCUCCUAAAUUGACCUUAAAACCAAGUUGCGUGUAUAUUAGGCUUCCACCAGAACAAUCUCUCCGUAUUGAUUUAAUACAUGUUCCGCAUAUCCAGAAUAUAUAGCCCGCCUGGAUUUAUUCGAUCGACAGUUCUUGGGCUGCAUUUUCUCAAUUCGCACCUUCGGUCGCGUCUCCAGUGAACGGCGGUGCAGUCACUAACGAGCAGAACUGUUUACCUGCGUCCUGCUUGCUCAAUAACUUAGCUAGUUCGGCCGUACUCUGCACUGACCCGAGGGCGGAAUCAUCCGGAAUGUCACCUCCCCCGAAUCCGGCCCUGGCUGGCAACGACGGUCAAUUGCAGACGUGUUGGACCUGGUGAGGACUCACCCCCUGCACAUCUUUAAUUCUGCUGUUUUCGGUCUGCGAGACUGGCGUAGCAGCUCGUUCAACUUCGCUUGAGGAUCUGCCUCCGACCGGCAAAAAUAGGUGAUCCUUCGCGAUAUGGUGAAUCAGCAACACGAAGCCCGCCGAUACGGUUAUGAUGAAAGCAAUUACAAGUACAAGCGCUAACAGGUUUGGCCAGAAGCUAGCUUAAGGCACCUGUUAGGUCGGACCGUGUCUCGUCCAGCAGUUUGUCCAUAUCCGUGAGUGACACCCACCUGGCUGUGAACUCCACGAUUGACGGAGCUUGAGCCAGUGGUUCAGUUACAACGGCCCAGUCAUCUGGAUACGAGUUUCAAUCUCAGCUUUUCCGCAGACGGCGUUGAAGUGUGGCUAUCUUAUUCUGUUAAAUAAGCUCUCGUAAUUCGCGGUGGCUAAUUGAAUUGACGGUUUUAUCCAGGCUUCUAGAUGAAAACAUCUUCACUUUCAGCAAGCGAUAAUUAGGAAGACAAUUAAAUGAGUUUUUAGUUCUUGAAGGCGCCUAGCAUUAGUCCAUUGGGUACCCCUAUUCCAACCAGACGAUUCUUCCUGGAAAGCGUAGUUUAUCUAGGGCAGUCGAACCUAGAUCCUAAGCGGUCGUUGGUUACGUCAUGCAGCAACGUAGACUCCAUCUCUCAAGUCUACCUUAUUUUACGCCCGUCUUGGGCUUUUUCGGUUAUUAAUCCACGGGCUGGACCGAAUGGUUCACAAUGGCCGGAAGCAUUCGCGUCUGGUUAGCAACAUUGUGCAACACAGGCACGUUCAUGUAUAUUAGGCAACUACCGGUCCGGACAGCAUUUACUACCCCCAGUGGACUUUUUCAGUCAUAUUUUUCGGAUGAUGGCAGUGUUUGAGUGGGGAUUGUAUCGUUCGUAAACCGAGUGCCUCGACCACGACAGCCGUGUGGACACUCGCGGCGACCAUGGUAAUAGAAGCAGGCAUGACUCAGCGCCUUGUUUCCCUCACCCCGCCCACCAUUUCCUAGCUUUGUUGCCUCGCUUUCCCGAUUUCGGUACAAUGGGCGCGGCGAGGCGAGCAGAGGCCUCUCCUCGCUUGCCAAGAGCCCCAUGAAACCCGAUAUGUGCUGGUCCCUCAUGUUGUAAGAUUGCCCUUGUGGACUACGUUCUCGAGUCUCCCAACUCUCCGGGCCUGCCGUCCUCGAUGUUCUGUGUGCCAACAGCAGCAUUUUCUCUCAACACAUAAUCGAGUAGCUUUCUGCCGCGUGUUUUAUACCGAUCACAGUUUGUAUCUUUCAAGACCGCAUGGGGUGUUCGCAUUAGGUCGAAAAGAAAUUAUGAACAUCAAGAAUCAGUCAUCGUCGCCUACGUUAGGGCUGCCACGAUCUGGCACAUUUGCUCAUACCUCAACUGUCCGUCGCCAGCCUCUGCUACUGCGAUGCUGAUGCUCAAAUACGCCCUCUCCCUCCCGCCUCUUCCACUCCUGCUGCUCAGACCCGACGUCUCUCUUGGACGCCUUCACCUCCUCCCCUCGCAACGGGGAGUAUGAUUGAUCGUCCUGCCUGCCUGGUCUACUCAACCCCAAGCGAACGUUUGAGAGGCUGCAUUUCGAAGCUUGACCAAUCGCAUCACUUUCCAGUCAGGCAGCACUGUUCUGGUAGGAUAGGCUCGUCAUUGUUUUUGAGGGACAUUGGGAAUACGGUACAGGUAAGAGCAGCAAGGCACGGAAUCACUCAAUCCUGGGUUUUCCGGGUAAUGUUGCUGCUUUCUACGCUUGCGCUAGACAAUGGGAUGAAAAAUUCGAAGCUGGCUCUACUAAUGAUGUUAGUCAUUUUCGAGGCCUCGUGAUUUCGCGAUAAUCAGGUUACGUUAUCACAGAAAGUUAAGGCCCAGUUUUUUUGCCCAAAGCCUUGAUGGUCGCGCACGCUCUGAAUCAGGUUGUUCUCAGUUCCGAGGAGGAAGUUUUUACAGUUUAGCCCUUUUUGCUGGUCACACCAACCCUGCAUCCUCGGUCAACCGAAGUUCGCAUUCGGAUUUACAGGUCGAAAGUGUUCUACCGAGACUAAAUGAAAAUAGUCCUAAAACGUGUUGUGCUAUCUGAGGUGAGACGCGACUGUUAACUCUUUCACUUGGAUUCCCGCCCUGAAUCCCGAUUUCCGAACUUGAUUAUGUCCUGAAAACUGCGCAAACUUACUUCGGAGGCAAGUAGAAGCUUUAGGCUGGCAAGGCAAAAUCUAGGAUUGUUUAUCCGUCGUGGCACCAGCGCAGUCACUGACUAGUGGAUUCUGCCUUAGAAACGCAGACAUUUUUUUCCUUCGGGUGGGUUUUCUUCCUUUAUCCUAACGGAGUCUUUAUCUUGGAAAAGCUGUGUACCUUUUGGCAUCUCUAAGCCCUGAGGCCAUUGCGGAGCACCUUGACUGUUGACGCUGCUCUGUUUGUGGGGCUUCAUCCGUCAAUCAAGUAGUGCUGAUUUUCGGCACCAAAAUGCGGUCAUCACACAACGACCUCAGAGAUCCCACAUUCGCUUCCCCGAGUGACGGUGGCAACGUCGGUGAACUUGGGCGGCGUCCCUGGCUGUACGCUUGUGCGUGCGAAUUUGCGCACGUAUUUACCGAUGUGCGCGCAACGGCGAUGACUAAUUCGCCGCCCUGGCCGGCGUCUCAUCACCCUGUCCUCUCGCGGUGGCUGGCGUCCCCCCUCCCCCCCCCUUUGGCGAUGUCUGUCUGCCUGCGCGCGCGCUCGCGCGCGCGUGCAGAGGUGCAUCAUUUGCCUUUUCUUUUGCACCUUCUGUCUGUGACCUGCGGACGCGCGGCCAGUCCUCGAGCAGUCGUUGCACUCCCUGCACUAGGUCCAAAUUGAAAUUGUCGAGAGCGCGUCUUUUGCCGAGGCCUGCAAGGGUCCAGAAUUGUCCGAGCUUUGUCACAACCCCCCACCCCCGCUCUCUAUCCGAUCAAUGAGCUCUAACGUGCAGCCUCCCAGUAGGCACCUACACAAUGUGCGUGAAAGUACCCAGGAUGCAGAUGGAACCCAUCUCAUAAACUUAAGUGGAUUUCACGUCUUACUUGCACCCCGUCCGACGAGAGUUUCAUCAAAAACACACGCAUGCUUGUCAGCUGGUCCACAUGCAAUAGAAGUCGAAAACUGUAACAUGGGGCUUAAGCGCUUCCAUGAGCACUUCAUCAACAGCUACCUUCGGUAUCGUAGCAGACGGAGAUGCCCAUGGCCUUUGACACAUCAAAGUGAAACCAGGUUGGUCCAAUGUGGGAAGACGCCCUAUCAUAGGAUCUUGCGACAUGAUAGUCUGACUGUAGGACAGGACAGGGUGCUUUCCGUUGUGCCUCGGGAGCUCCGUUUUAGGGCUCUGGCUAGCGUCCGCGUGGUUAGCACAGAAGCUAAUCAGUGGCUGUUACAGACAGUGACAAGGAAGGCCGGGACGUCUUACCUGGUCUAUUUACUACCAUCAGCUAUCCAUGCGCCAAUUUCCGGUUGGCAAGACAAAGAAUUGAGGCUGGGUCCGGUUGAGCUUUGAAUCAGUCGUACUGCCAGCUGAACUAUCGCCAUCACCCUCCGUCGGCAGCGACCGGACGUAUUCAAAGGCAUGUCGGAGGGAAGUUCACGGGUCUAGCUUGAUCGCGGCAUGAAAUACAGACGUUGAUGUGUUACCUUGGUGUCCCAACCUUGACCCUUCGAAGUCAGCCGUACAGGGCAAAGUAACCGGCCGUCGUCAGCUUUUGUCUGCUGUCAGCUAGCUUACUUUGUAGGCGUACUUUACGCUGUCAAUCUACCAAUAAACAAAUCUAAUCAAGUAAUUGCAACCCUGUAGUUCUAAGUGAACACCGCCCACAAGUAGAGAAUGAGGUUUAUAACGCCCUAUAAUCGGUCCCUAUAACUAUAUUGUCUGUUUUUUCUAUAAAAAAAUGUUUGCUGGACUCUGGGUGCACUAAGCGGUUUUCUUGUUUGCAUAUGCCGAUUUUCUGUACCUAUCCUGUUUACUUGACAAAUUAAGAUCGUGUUAUCGUCAUGGGAAUUAGUCAUGGCAGUUUCAUACGGGUUUCUGAAAAUUCACUGUCUAGAGUCUCUUUCUGAGAUACAGUAUAACAAUGGAUUAAGCCGAAGCUAUCUCGCAUGUAAGGAUGACUUUUGACGUUUGCGGUUUCUACGACCAUCUACACUCACAAUAUCAGUGAAAACAAUACUAAACGAUAGUUUGUAGGCAUUGUCGGAAUACGUAACGGGCAUUCAGUUAACAGUGAACGCGCUAUGAAAGAACUGACAUGAAAGUUUCCUCUGUGAUGCCGGCAUGUACCUUACUACCGAGGGAAGUCGAUCACCGAAGUAGAAAUUCAAGGCAAAUCCUUGACCCUGCUGAGGUGUCCAGCACCUAGCGGCUGAUUGAUGAGAAUGCCGGGUAGGAGGCUAUCAAGGCCAAACCACAGGAACCAGCGGUGUGUUUGGACGCGGGACAGGGAAGUAUUUACGAAUUUAUUCUCAUUUAGCUAGCUUUGUGCAUGACAAGGAAAGAAAAUUACAAUGUAUUCGAAGUUUCCACUGCUUUCUUUGAUACCCGAUUCCACACGGUAUUUAGACAUUCUUACUCGUUUUAUCCAGCCUGUACAACUGCGGUUUUUUUCACAUCACUUUGGUUUGUCAUUGGGUAUCGUGUUUCGUGCAGUAACGAACCAUAUGAUUUGUGACCGAGUCCUCCCUAAAACAUACACAUUAGUUCUGGUACCUAAAUGGGGUUUUCCAUGUGGACGCCUCUACUUUAUUUGAGGGGAGACACUAUGGCUUGAGUAGACGUAGUUCUUGUCUCCCUCCAGAAAUGACUUAAACUGUCAUUUCAUAAAUAGUGCUUUUUGUGUAGUCUACCAUGCGCGUUUGGUCAAAUUCUAGAGCGGGUUCAACGAAUGCCGGCUACCAGUCCAAUUCUUUGUUAUUGCCUGCGCUUUGAUUCAGUAUUUGUAAAUGCAUCCUAGUUGAAGAAUAACGCUUGUAGGCUUCUUAAAUAAAGUGUUUCAAGUACGUGGAAUGUCUGAACCGUUCAUGGUUCCUAGUUCUCAAGUGAUCGGUCUGGGCUAGCAUGUUUUCGCCUACGCGAAGUUCCCCUUCUCCCCCUUCGUGGUCAUCAUGCUACCAUCUCCGUCCCCUACCCCCUGAUUCACGUGGAAGCUUUUACUAAAUAUGCGACGCCGAGACCUUUCGGAUUACUGGAUGAUUACCCCGUUCAGUCUAUAUGAUGAUACCGUUUACUACCUUGCACCUAUAAGAGACUGCCAGUGGCUGGCAGUUCCAUCUUCAGGGCCUGUGUGAUUGUCGCAAAUGCUCACAGUUGCAUGCAUUCAUCUUCUCAGAGUUGGGCUUUAAUGAUCUCCGUUUCGGUUAUUUAGGUACCGCCUGACGUGCAUAUGCAUGAUGUGCAUGGAUUGAACCCACAUGUCGAGUACACCAUCUUCCUGGCGGGAAUAACGUGCCGCGGCGAGGGUGUCAGAGGUCCUGGUUACCGGAUGCCCGUCUUAGCCUCCCUGGUCUCAUCACCCACCAGACUGUCUGCCGCACCGCCCUUCCCCUCUUGGGCCUACGGCGUAGUAUGUGGCAUCGUUGUCGUCUGGAUCACUGUGGGAUUGCUUGUUUACCUCUGCGCGUGCCGUCGAGAGCCUCGCUGCUGUCUACAUAAUUCUGUCGCUGAGGCCAAAACGAAGACAGCUGUCUCAGCCACCGCAGCGAGGACGGACAGCAUCUUCCUGAUUUCUGCCCCACCACCACCGUCAACAGUAACAACGAAUCCUUUCCCACCAUCUUCCGCUUCCUCGGGUACUAAAUCGAGCCAACUGACAGACUGCGAGUCCAGUGCCAAAGCCAGCGAACAAGCUGCUGCCAACCUAUUCCAGCGAAGACCAUCCUUCGCCCUGAAGAACCUGUCUUCUGACACACGCGGGAACAUAGAGCUCGUACGUCUGCUCUCGCAGGCCAACUCCUUUUGUGACACAGGCGGCCCUAGAAUUAAUGCAGCUACAACUACCAUUACUGCGGUCUCCUCGGAAACGCCAAUUUUGCUACAGAACAGUGUUAAUUACUCACAGGAGGAGAAUUUCACUAAGAGCACCUCGUCGGGAAGCUCCAUGACUGCGCAUGGUCAGAACACCUACUACAACGGUCAGAGGGUCCAGCUACCACCUCCUCCCAAUAUGCCUUUUCCCACACCCAUGACCAACAAAUACGCCGAAUUUAUGACCGCUGAUGCCGCGUCGAGCACACAGGUCCCCCUCGUUGUUGGUGAUCCGGCUUACAGUAUGGUCAGCAGCGGCAUGUCUCUCAGUGGGGGUGUUUCCAGUAGCUUCUCGUCUCCUAUGGCACAUUUACAGAGCUCCGCCGACGGGAGUGUCUUCCAGACGCCGCCUCAGCAGAAACAACAACAACCACCACCAUCGAUGAGUAACGCAGUAUUCCUAUUGCCUCCCAAUACACAGAAUCCGCAUGUGGUGCAUCAGUUCGCAUCCGCCUAUGAUCCUUCUUCCCAAUGGGCGCCCGCUUUCACGCCCUCAAUGACCUCGGCUACCGAUGAGGUGCCUCCGUACGCAAGCAGCUGUCUCAUGUUGCCCGACUGUGCUCGAAAUCAGGUAUGCAAUCGGAUUCCCGCCCUCCCCCUCCUCCCUUUUUCUUUUUUUUUUCUUCUUCUUCGUCUUAUUCAUGCUCUUCUUCCUCCUCUUCGUCUUCUUCCCCUUCCCUUCAUCCUCCCGUUUUUGUGAGUUUGUUGAUUUGGAUACAUUAAAGUCAGCAGUAGUCCUUACAAACGUUAAUGGUGAUGCAAAUGGUCGCUAUGCCUGUGUUUUCUACUAGAAUUAGAAAUAUGAUACUGUAAGUAGGAAAUUAGUUUUACGGUACUAGAAAAUUUUAUACAAGUAGUAGUUUCGAUCAGCUGACGUUAGAAACAUAAACAAAGCGAAUCGUGCGUUAACUGUUUGUAGUUCAUAAGUCGAUAGUAAAAUAUGAUAAUAAUACAUACAGUAUCAUCGUAUACAGUAAGCAAAAUACCACUUUUGUGAAAUCACGUCCAUUUAUCAUUAUUCUUAACAAAUUAGCGUUAAAAAUAAUAUGUAUACAAUUUACCGGUCACAAAAAAAUCUACGGAUUACAUCUUCUGACCUCUCGAAUUUUAAUUGUUAGGUUUCAGGGAAAAAUACGCGAAUUUACGAGGUUGAGGAUUUGGAAGCGCUGAUUUUCAGGGUAUUACAGUACUUUCGCCCGUCGUAAACGACCAGGACCACGACUGUCCCCCUUCCUCUUCCCCUCCCUAGAGAACGCGUAAAGUUGCUUGUGGUGAAGCAGAUUUGUCCUGCAUCUACCUUGCGCCUUUUUCCCACACCCACAAUUUUUCAAUGACAAGACCGUCGAAACUGCCAGAGCUGGGCCCGGGCGCAGUGGCUGACGAGACUGAGACCUUGUCUACGCGUGUCACACACAUGUUGAUCCCCAAUUUCACAGGAAUCAAAAACAGUUGUCAUUGGGGGGAUCUCGAGCCUCACUUAGAUGAGAGUCCCGUAAAAUCCACAUUAAGAAGGUAUUACAGUAUGGCUUCCAGUCCUGAAUCGGACCUAGUCAUACAUAGUCAAUCGGGCAACUUUCGAAGCCACACUAAUAUAUGAGACUCGGGUCGUUUCAUAUAUGUUUUUAGACUCCGACGGUCUGUUCCGUAACCGCCCCGAAGGCGAAUGAUUUCACAGAUUUUGGACGGGAAAAUGUGGCCAUUUGUUGAGUUGGGGCCUUCGUUUAGUCCAGUGCCUAAGAACAGUCACAAGCGUGCCACUCUUGGUCAGGCAUGGCAACGCCAGCCCCGAAAAUGGCUCGGGCUUCAGGCCUAUAGAGAGCUUGAUUAAUCCUUCGGAACAUUAGAGGCUGUGACCUAAAAUGUUGCUGCAUAUUUAACUGCGUGAAGUCCUGCUCAGUGAUAAGAAAAUUAACGCCGUGUUUUGACACAUGCAACUUGAGGUAUUAUGACUCGUCAGUCACUUCAGCUAACUGUGUUGUCCUCGCUAAAACCGUUUUACCCGUGAUUCCGGUUAGGAAUGAAGGUUGCUAAUACGCAAGUUUUUCACAGUCAUUGGAUUCACGCCUAGGUCAUCCUGUCCCCCCCCCCCCUCUAUUUCACGUUUGCUAAGUGACAGUGGUCACCACUUUCCUAGCAAGCGGUGAUACCUGUCGUUCGUCGAGUUAAAGUGAGGGAGGGUGGGAGCUUGCGAAGCAAAUACUGAAUACACAGACAGCUGGAAACGGGCCCGGCCGCAAUGGUUGACAUUCGCCCCCUCGACGCGUGCCACACACGUGUUGUCCCCUCACCCAAUAUCUCACAUUAGUGAGAGUUGCCCUAAGGGGCACAUUAAGCGGGGGGUCAUUGCGGCCUGACGCUCACAUAUGAGUUGAACCCGUCAGUUGACAAUCCUCCGGAUCGCUAUUUUUAGCUCUGGACGCGUCAGAUUUGUUCUAGUGGGGAAAGGUCGUGUAGGGUCGGCCUUACUUUCUUUUUCCUCCCCAUCAUGUGCCAAUGGCAAGUCCGCGGGAAAGCCGGCCGGAGGCGACAUCAUCAUCCAUUAUGACGGGCGACCGUCCUCUGCCUUUACGCUAGCCAAGAUCCAGUCUCUAAACGGAUAAAACAGCAUUCCACCGAAGGACAUGUGGGGUGCUCGGGAAUCAUAACUGAACGAAGGUGUUAGUCGUCUGAGCGAAUGAAUAUGUUUACGAAAGUUCCGCAUUAAACAAUAAAACCAAAUUGUUGGCCCAUGACAGUUGUGAAUCUCGUAAAAACAGUGGCCAAUCUACCGGAGACGGAAUCGCGCCUUCUGUAGCUAUUGUACGUCUACGAGUUUAGUCGUUUCUCCCCGCCUCCGCAUAAGUGAUGCGAUAACUUGCAUACCUUACCGUUUUGUGGGGAAAGACAGGCAGGUAACCCACGCACAGGUAUUUUGUAUUCGCUACCUGUUCAUGUAGAAUCAAGAGAUUAAUGUAACGGGACCUAGACUUCACCUGGUUUAGAGGCCAUUCGUCCAUUAGCAAUCGGUCUCCACUCAUCGGACUUCGUGGGCUAGUGGUGGAUUAAUCCACGAAUUGCCAAAGUGCUUGUUAGACAAACCGGGUCUUAUGGCAAUUUAAGUCACAUCUGAUAGAAGUUUGAAAGAAGUGUUGCACGUUUCAUGCUGACGGCAAAGGCGUUUCGAGAAAUUCAGCAACAAAGCGCCUUUUGGGCACUAACCCUGGUUGGUCCAGGGUUGGCGCGCAAAGUUCUCUUCUACUCAAGGACGGUCCGUCUCCACACUGCUCAGAGGCUAACUAACUGGGGAGCCGGAACCACGCAAUAUCCUGGCAUGUAUCUUGUCCCGGGUGGCAACUUCAACAUUUCUCUAACUCUAGUUAGCCCCUCUGGCAUCGCGGACUGGUCUUCCAUUCUGUUCAUUUCUUGUAGCACUUGACUUAUUCUGACCUGUUUUUCACUAUAACACGUCCACCUUCCUCAAUAUUUACAAUAACUUGCCUGACUACUACUCCAUGCUGCCUAUUCUCUAAUCAUACAUGUUCUAGGUAGUCUUAACACAGCGUGUGAAACGCUCCAUUAACGUCCAGUUGCCAGUUAAAUAGAAGGUCGCGAAACUUGAUGGUGUCAUUAAAGCAUGCUCCUUCCACAGUUUUCGCUCAGAAAGUUUUCUCUUGUAUAUGUUACCAGCCAAUGGUUCGCCGCGCCGCCUGUGAGAGUGUUUUUGGAAUUCUAACUAACCUCUCAAGCGGCAGGUUUACAACCGACCAUAGCAAGUAGACCUGGAGACCAAAGUUCCUAACUUAUUUGAUAGUACUCUCGCAGUGUACUCAGACAUCAUUGCUUAUUGACUAACCACACACAUUCUUCUUUGAAUUGUGUACCUGCACUUGAACAUAUCAUCUACGAUCCUGUCGAGUACCUGUCUUUUCUCAGGCAAUUAUUCGACAGUGAAUAAGUUAGAAAAGGAUUAUUUUAUCGGUCUAUCUACUACCGGACGCCAAUGUUAAACUCACACGUAGUGUACUUCUCAGCGUUCAAUGUUGCGGUUGUCUUCUUGGCUUGCCUAGUUUUGUCCGGUCCCCUGUUCCUUAACUUUUUUCGCUUUUCCCCUGUUCCUUAACUUUUUUCGCUUUUUUCCCAGAGAGGAGACAUAAAACUCGGUUUGCAUUUGGUUUAAGCAAAAAAUUACCCACUUCCACAUUUUCCUGUAAGUAACUACCCCAGAAAAAAGUUAUUAUUAGUAGUUUAUGCGCACGGACUGAAGGAUCAGUCUAUUUUUUAUAUGGAAGUUGCCCGGUUGACGCAUCCACACCUCCCCAUUGGCAGAUGUCGUGUCGUUGUCAGUCAGGUCAGGCACCAGUGGAAAGCACUGUGUAUACUGUCUGGACGCAGGCUUUUCAGCCAAAAAGGAAUUCCACCGUUCCUCACCUUUGUUCAUAACACAUCUCGAACAAAUUCUUAUCUCUCUGAACACUCCCACUUCCUUUGCGCUUCAGUUGCAGGGUGAGGGCGAGUGUGAUCUUGUCAUUCGGUCAGUUUCUCACAACAAACGGUUUGACGCACCCAAAAUCUUAUCUGAUCUUUACGGUCUAAAUGGCUCAAAGUUUCGUGUUUUAAGGACCAGAAGCGACUUUGGCUUAGUUUGGGUAGACAAUUUUUUAGGUGGAUAAAUUCGCUCCUUUCUGGCCUCCAUACUACGGAAGGUUCGCAAAACAGUGCCUGCAGUUUUACCACCAUGUUCCCUCCCCCUUCCUCCACUACUCUCCCGUUGUGGCCAAAAUUGGCAUGAUAAUUUCAUGUUUUUUGUGGUAGACUCUCCGUCCCCCUCACCUCUAUGAUAAGAUUCUGUGCCUUUUCUACGACGGAAAUGUUAUUUUGAUUGCUAAUUGGAAGCCGACUUGUGCAGAUGGCGGUGUUCGUGGUCGAAAUCCUCCCCACGUUUAGUGAUGGACGGUCGGCUCGACCUGGUGGAUCCUCACCACUUGUCUUCCGAUCACUCACACAAGGGCUUUGAUGAAAAACACUUACGAACGACGACCGGGCUAGCAAGGGAGGGGAGGAAGGAUACACUUUUGUUGAAUGGCACAACCUUGUCCGGGGAGACUGCACUGAACGCAGGUAGUCACUCUCUGAUGUCUGACGGCUUCGAAUCUACCAAUGUCUCUGUUUGAGGCCAAAAUCAUCUGAAAGGACCCAAAUCAGGCAUGCCUAUGUGGGCACCUAUUUGUGCCGUAAUCGCAAACCACAUCUUAUUGUUUACUGCCUGUAAGGUCUCCUGUUCGCGCUUUAUACCAUCAUUAUACCAAGCUCAGGUGCGUUUCUCACUUCCAUGCUUUCGAAGGUUCCUUAAUGUCUCCGUGAGCUUAGGUUUACUAGGGUGAAGUGAAACACUUUACCCUGCUUAAUCUAUACUUUUUAUGAUCCUUUCUCCCUAGCUUCUAAUUUCGGUAUUACAAAACCGACGUUUUCAUAAAAAAUCUUUAUCUCGGCAAUGAAAGGGUUCUCCUCCGUAAGUGAAAGACCACUAGUUGCUGUACUCCCAGUAAAGCUGCGUCAAUUUCAUUGAAAGAGGAGAGCUGACCCUUAGUAAAGACGCCUUGGGAUUUUCGUACUUUUAUCUCUGGAUCCGUAAUGACUUAAGAUGUCUAUUUAUGGUUUCACCGCCGUCCAAUCGGAUUUGUUGACGUUUCACUGUUUUUCCUGUCGUCUGGCUUACAUUUGCAAUUUUGUCCGCCAAAUUCAGAUUUCCGAGGAGAUAAAUUUGCAUUUUUUAAACAAAUCCGGGAUAAUAAGUCUUGAAGAAGGAAAUACGGGGAAGUAUCUUAGCGAACACUAAACGUUGAUGAAAAUGAUUCUCAACAUUCUCGACCUCAACCGACGGAAAAGGGUUUGGCGUUUGACUAAAAAUUUUUCGAUGACCAAUUGUUCAAGGCUCAAAUCUUGGGUGUACGACCGCGACUGGGGUUCAUCUGAUUGGAGAUACCAAAUAAAUAAACAAAAAGUAGCAUUCCUAUCUCUUCGUUGUCGGUAACACCUCCAUUAGAGGUCUCCAUCCAUACUAGAAAAGUUUCUUUACCUUCGAAGGUGACCCUGGUGACCACGUAUUCCUCAUUGCUUUUAAUCAACACACCUCUUUUUGAACUCGUGUUUUGGAAUGCCCCAUCCUGUGCGUACUUUUUUCCAGACCGACAGUAAACCGGAUUUCGCGCCCUCUACGACUGCACCUCCAACCACUAACCCAGUGAACUACCUGGACACAGUUUCCGUUUCACAGUCUCACUGGUCGGCCCAUCCGACACCCGGCAUAACGCAGCAACGCCAACUCCAACAUCAGUUGGUGUUACCACCAGUGCUAGUUGUGAACUCCCAGUCAGCCAACACUCCCAACGUCGUCGCCGUCUCCACAGCAAUCCCCCCACCCCCACCGUACCCUCCGCCACCACUACCCAUGGGCGGAGCAGGGGGCGUGGCGACCGCCUCCGCACCCUUCACUGGAGAACAGUUUCGUCACCUCUCCGAUGACGGCAGUCUGCCAAGCAGUGGAAGUGCGUUGCCACCACCGUGUCCUUCAAUGUUUCGUCUUUUUCCCCUGUGAUGGUGGUUUGCUGAGGUCUUUUGUCACUCCGUGGGGGUCAGUGCCAGGCAUGAAAAUGCUCAUUACGAUCGGCCUGGUGCGGUGACUGCACCCUUUGACUCUGCCUCUCACCCAUAGCGCUUCUUUUCACCAGAGGCGCACACCUGAUUAGGGCAACUGCUGCGUCCUGCGAUGACUGACCCGUUUAUGGUCUCUGACGAUAGCAAAAUCGCGGUAUGAGCUGGCUCUUCUUGGGAGUGGAAAUUUAUGACACUUCUUUGAUUCUGGUGUGCGCACACGCACAAGCACACUACUUAAUAUUGUGGUGGUUGAGGGGGGAGGAGAAGGUGAUGGACACAAGGACAUCGUAUCUCCUAUACGCCUGAAUUCCUCGCGCUUUCGGGGUCGCCUAAGGACAGAAACCAGUCUUUAUCGUCGAGGCUUCUUAUCGGACGCAGGUAGAAGGAACCGUUUUGCGCAUGGGUCGCGUCCCAGGACGGAGAAAGUAGGUUUUUUGCAUUCCUGGCUGGCUAACAACGAACACGGACGCGUAUGCACCGUGUGCAUAUGAUUUUAGCGCAGAGAGCUGCGAGAGCGGAAGGCGAAUAAUUUUAAAUAAGCUUCUGACUGUGUUCAUUACUGAUACACGCAAAUAGUCCAAUUUCAGGUAGUAAGUGAGCAGACUUGAUCAUUCGGACAGGGGGUUUAUUUGUCCAACAGACGGUGGAAUUAAUCACACUGGUGGCAUCUAAUUAAACAUACGGUACUGACGAGCAAGGUUAUCAAGCCUUCGUGUAGACUGUCAAUAUGGACACAACUAUGGCACCGAUUUCGAAUACUCGGGCUUCGAGCGCGAUUUUACAACCAAUAGCUGUGUGUGUCUGGUUUGUGAGUCCGUCCUGCGAAUUCUGCACGCCCUGCGCGUUUCUAUAUAUCACUUUUACAUACCUGGCAAUGAAUUUAUGUGUGAAUAUAAGUCGUCGGACCAAUGAACCCCUCAUUCCAGUGAUCAGGUCUACUUCUAAUUUUCAAUUUGUCAGUGUGACGAAACCGAGAUUUUUUACGGGCAAACUUCUACUGCAGUAAGCGGCCGUUUGGGAGCUGACGCGUUCAUUUUCUUCCACGUAUAGCAGAGCUGACCAAAUCCAAGACGUCUGUUUUCCUGCGCUUCCCGCAGUCCGUGUUUCCAGUUUCCCUCGGUGGAUAUUGUGGCCCCUUUCACGUUUUAUGUCUCCAGCCAGUGGGCACCAAGACUCCGCUCUCUAUCGUCCUCGCGCCGCUAGAGGAGCCUAGCUGGCGUGAGGUACCCCAUGUGAACACAUUUAUGGACAGCAAAUGAGGCGUGUGUUUUGGAAAGAUAAAGACGCUAAAAUGACGCAUUGCAGGCUACUGAAGUGUAUGCUAAGGUGGACAUUACAGUAGCCAUAGUCUCCCUCUCAAGCACGCGAUCGUUUUUGUCAAGCCCCGUCGUCAACUAUGCUGGGCAGAUGGACCCAUCAGAGGUUAGGCCGACAAAAAUAAUGUGAAACAGCAACUAUCUGGGUCUAGGUAGUGUCUUGCCUUAAAACUGGAAGACGCUGGAAACAGUCCAUCUCGAGUAGGAGAGGAAUAGUGAGAACUGGCGGGCGUUGUUCAGCAAUGUCCGCAUCACUAUUUUUGAAGAAAGUUGGACCAAGGAGACACUGAAAUAUAGGCAGGUUCGACGACAAUGACUGGCUAAUGUGAAACUGCCCAGUUGAACCUACCGGAAUAGCAUUACGGCAGCUGGCAUAGCCACCUUAGAAGCUUAAGACAGCCUAAGUGGUACACCUCGUUGAACAGCAAAAUUGCGGAAUCCAAAAAUAAACCAGCCACACUGAAGUGACGAAUUUCCUCAUUACUAACAGGGUGAUUUGCGGCCAACAAAUGGCCCCUUUUUGUCGCCUACCCAACACUGCUCUUGGUGCAAUCACAGACCAAGGACCUCUAAGUCAAGCGCUUUUCGACUCGCUUCAUAUUGCCCGGACGUGGCCGGCAGGCCGUCGCGAGUUGUUGCUCAAUAACCGCCACAUUUCGUUAAUUUUUGGAGGGGAGCCACGGCGGGAAGUUCAAUUGAUGUCCAUCGGGAAAGCUCUAGACACCGGUACGCUUCUCGCCAACACCGCGGACCUCUUCGGUUUUCUCAUGAACACCUCUCGCGACUUUAAAACUCCCGUUUUCAGCAGCUUUUCCAGAAUCCUCCGCCUAGACCUCGGACUGUUUCUGCUCAAACAAGCGUUUUGAGCAAUGGAUUAAUUUCCUUUUCCUAUUUUCCAAAUAAUCACUUGUUCUUCAAAAGUGGUGACGUCGUCCUCACGGUUUAGAGGGUUUUUGAAUACGACAGUUAGACUGCCGCAUUUGACGAUGUCCAUCAUGUGCUUCACAGCAAGGUGAAGCAGUCACGCUGACCUGAGCGUGAAUUAGUUUAUAGUGAGUGUAGCAUUGCGUAGAAUCUGUCGCACUCUUUACUCCUCCCCCACCUGAGUCCCGUGUCAAGGCAGAGUCAAGAAUGUAGGCGGGGAGGACGCAGGUGGAUGGCGCGGCCGGGCCCGCGCCUUGGCGUUCAACCCCACGCUCCCCGGUCUACAAAACAAUUGACUGAGAUUUUAACCAACAACGACGGGUCAGAAGGGCGAGUAUGACUGAGCAGCCAUGCUCACGACCUGGAUACCCAGCGGGAGCGCAAGCGCAGCUACCGGCAGGGAACCAGGUGUCAGGGAACUGCCAGCGCACACCAGGUUGUGAGGGCCAUGGUUUGCUGAUCUUGGCAUAGCGAACGCUUACAGACCUUUAGGCCCGGUUUCCUCAAUAUCCGCCAUAUGUCUAUUUGUUUGAUGUGACUUUUGUUUUCAACGCACGAUAUCCAUCGAAAUUUAAGGGCGAUAGCCGAUGUCAUUCGAGACCCUACUUUUGGAAGAAUUUCCUUCGUAUCACCUUACAUUUUAUGUAAGUAAACAUGGUGGUAUUGGAUUCAUCAUUCCCUACGUCUAAUUAUCAGUUUGGUAUGUUCUGUAUACUUGGCCAUCGCUGUGACCGUAAAUUGAAAGCAGUAAUAGCUAGUAUUAUCGGCUUUAAGAGCAAUCAUAAUGUGUACCAACGUUGCAAUACCUAAGUUGAAAUCUGGAGUUAGCUUUUGGCUAGUACCUGUGUUGACAGCACAGUGAAGGGAACUUAUUUCCAGAACACACAUUGUUGCCAGCUUAGUAGGAAUAAAGACGUAGUUUACGCCCUGCAGUCGACUGAAGGAAACUCCACUCUUUGCAUAGGCCUUGAGACCUAAGCUGACAAAUAUAGCUUCCAUGAUUUACCCCAAAGGGCAGAAAUAUGUUGUGACAUAACUAUAAUCCAGAAUCGUUUAUUUUGUCUUACCGCGCCUCGCAAGCUCUUGUCUUUUUCCGUCCGACUCUGUUAUUCGUUGGCCCCUGUUGUUGCACGUUAUAGUCACCUAUUCGUGGCCUGUAUCCCACUUAGUGACUGUUUUGUCAUCUGCUAUGUAGGAGCUUGCCUGUUCCUUCUACCAGCAUGUACAUAAAGUUGGUUGAGAUCGGACACGGAUAUGUUUAUCCCCUCCCGCGAAUUAUGGCACAAGGUCACAUGUAAUACGGGAAUGGUGGUAAUUGAGGCCAUUUAGAAAGCGAAACGAGGUGUCCUUGUAUAUGAAAAGGGAAAGUCGCAUUUGUGCCACACGCUUGUGUUAAUGCGUGACAAUGGUUCUCUGUACGAAUAUUUUUCAGGGAGGUACACGUCUAUGCUCUAUCCUGGUUGUUCUUCAGGCGCAAGCCUUUUGAAUGAUAACUAUAUAUCCGCCCCAUGACGGUUCGAACGUCGACUCUUACUAUGUCCACCGUGUGCCCCACAGCGGGGUGGGCGCAGGGACGACGACUUGCUCGUGAAUCAGUUUAUAGUAGUAGUAGACUUGCACAGCAUCUACUGAACUCUCUCCCUCACCCACCUGGACCCGGUGUCAAAACAGAGUUAAGAGGACCAGGGGCGGGGCUGGCAGAACUAAACAACUCGUCUAUGCGUGUCACACACACGCCCGAUCCGUGCACAAUGGGCCAGUGUUUUUUUACACAUCUAGAAAGGGGGGCAGCUCGGAUGCCGACUGAGGGUGAAUGCCAUGGACGAUACAUUCAGAGGGAAUCAUUGCAGCCCGACUCUUCGUCUUGAGAGGAGGAUUGAGUUGUUCCCUCAGUUGGCAGACUUUCAAGCCGCGGCCCCUAGUGGGCAGUGAUAGUUUAAAAACGCGUCUGAUUGUUUAAAGUGGCUAGUGUGCGCUGAGAGUCGACCUUCCUCUCUACCCUUCUCUCUUCCAGGCGUCAGUCGACUGUCCGAGCCUGUCAAUUAGAUGAUGCUGAGGUUAGGCGUAGUGACUGGCAGAGCCCAGAUGGCCCGUCUAUGCGUGCCCCACACACAGGACCCGACUCCGCGUACAGCACGCCGGAUGAGCUGCUCGGAUCUCACAUGUAUUUGAGUGGCAGAGGGACCACAUGGAGGAGUCAAGGGUCACGCGUUUCACAUAGGCAGGAGAUGCCCCUUUGUUGCCUGUGGUGGGUGAUGCGAGACGGUCUCAUGCGUGGUGUAUGCGGUGGUGGGGUUUGGUCUGUAAUAGUUUACCGAGGAUUAGCAUGAGGGCUCAUUUAACCGGGUAGACUCAUACAAUGGCUGAAUGUGCGUGGGUAUUGCGGGUAGUUUAUACGAUGGUUGCAGAUAUGCAAGGUGGGCUUAGAAUGCCGUCAUUGCGGUUAGUUCCGCUGUCAUGGAUACGAACGUGGUCGCAUAAGCCCAUGAGAUGAGUGCAUGUGCGUGGACAUUGCAGAAAAUGGAGGCGGGUGUAUGUCGGACUCCUGGCACUGGGCUACCAGUCGCAGUUCGAUGGAUUUGCAAAUGACCUGCCAGGCCGAUACGUGAUAUGAAGCUGCGGUCGCAAUGGGGACCGUUGGGGAUCGAAUUCGCAUUCGUGGUGGUGGAGGUGACCGUGAUAACUGUCCCGGCGUUUGGAGUGUUCACACUGGUUGUGGGUUUGGAGGCUGUGGCAGUCGUCGCCGUCGUCGCGGGGGUUGGGACAAGAAUGAUGGGAGUGGCUGUGAUCGACGGCGGCGGAGUAUCAGGGGUAUGAUUACUGGUGGUGUUGGUGGUCGCUGUCGCGCACGUGGUGAGGGUCAGUGCGAGGGUGAUGAUGGAGGUGUUUUCGGAAACAGCAGAUUGAGUUGUCGUUUUAUUGCUGGAUUGACCCCUCAGACGUCUGAUGAGGUCGACCUGUGCACGGAGCGUUCGUUGGCAGUUUGGACGUUUUGGAAGGGGUGGAGUGUUGGCGUUGUGGCUCGGAGGCGCUUGCGACUUGCAACCCGCUCUUUUGGCUUUGGCAGCGGCGAUCCGGUCGGCCUCUUGGAUUACGCCUCUAGUCUUUACUGUUCUUUGGCUGGCCGAUCGGUCCCUUGCGAGGUCCUCCAAAGUCUUCUGGUUGAUUUGCAUUCGCUUGAAAGAGGUUUUGAGGGUGCCCCUGUAGCUCCGUUUUUGGCCUCCUUGUCGGCGAACAUCCAUAGCGAAAGCGACGCAGGGUGGUGCUUGGGUUGGUGCUCGUUAUCCAUCCUCACGACGUGAUCAUUCUAUCGUAAUUGUAUUUGCCCCAGCAUGGUGUGGAUGCUGAGGGUGCCGGUUCGCUCAAGGACUCGUGUGUCCUGUCUUGCCAUCUCAGUUUCAGUAUUACUCGGAGGCAGCUGUGGUGGAAGGGCUGUGUUUCCGCGCUUUUCUCUCGUAGGCUGCCCAGGCUCCCGUUCCAUACAGCAAUGUCGUUAAGAUGACAGUUUUUUACAACUUGAGUCUGGUUUUAAGAUGUAGACCGUGGUGAUUGCACACUGAUGCUUGCAACCGGCCGAUGACCUAGCUGUCCUUGGAGAUCCGUUGCGCAACUUCAUCGUCGGUUCUAGUGCUCCGUGAGAGUUUACCGCCUAACUAGGCCAAUGUGUUUGCUGUUUGAUCUGAGUGCCGUCUACUACGAUGCGAGGGUCGUUGCAUUCAGUGUUGGAGGAUUUGUUGGAGGUGCAUGACCAAAGUCUCGUCCGUGUCGAUGAUCAGCCCGAGGUUUGCACAGCCGGACUCAAAGGGAUUCAUGCUCCGUUCCAUAUCUGGUUCAGUCGCGGUAUUGACCGCGCAAUAAUCCGCGAAGGAAAAGUCGUGGAGAGAUGCGUUGAGCUUUGCAUGCGUCGAGUACUGAGAAGAUGGUCGUCGGUCCUGUGGACGAUGCUGAGCCCAGGGUGCUCAUCACAGUAGGCGUCCAUCAGCAUGGAGGAAAACCUGAUACUGAAGAGGGUGGGAGUGAGUACGCAACUCUGCUUCACUCCAUUGAUCACUGCGAAUGCUUCUGAGACUGUGCCCUUGUCCGUGACGGGCGCCAUCAUCCCGUCAUGAAACUGACACACCAUGCGCGUGGAUCGUUCAGGAUAGCUGAAUUUCUGCGUGAUUUUCCAGAUUCCAUCACGAUUCACCAUGUCAAAGGCUUCUGUCGAGUCCACGAACUUAGUGUAGGGGUUGGUAUGCAUUUCCUGCCACUUAUUACAGUUGUCGGGCCGCGGCGAUCAUGUCGAUUAUUCCGCGGUGUCGCCAGAAUCCACACUGAAUUUUUAGGAGAAGUCCGUGUUCCAAAUGGCCGUUGAGAAGAUUGAGAAGUAUGCCAGAAAAUAUCUUCACGGCGAUUUUAAGCAGCGAGAUUCUGCUGUGAUUAUCACAGAGUUGCCGGCUCUUUCUUGAUUUGUAGAGAUGGGUGAUGGUCGCUUCCGCGUAAUCCUUGAGAACUCUUCCUUGACGCAACAUCUCCUGGAAUAUCGUUGUAAGUUUGUUCGCCAGCCGGGGGCCACCAUGCAUUUAUGCUUCGAUCGGGAUCGCAUCAGAUCCCCGUACCUUCCCGCAGGAUAGUUGGUGUAUCACUCUCAUUGUUUCUAGGAGAGAGGACGGAAGUUCCAGCUCAUCAUUCUUUUCCAUCUGGAGGAGCCGGUUGAUGGCGGAAGAUCCUGGAUGGGUGGUCAAGGAUGGUUCUGAAGUGCUCAGUUCGUCGCUUUAUAAUCUGGAACUUCUUCGUUAGGAGUGUUGUUUCGUCGGAGCCGCGAAGCGGCAUGGUUCGCUUACCCUUGGAUCUCCUCGGCCUUGCGAUUCAUCCAGGCGUCCUGCAUCUCCUGCAGCCGUUGCUGCACAAGGUAGCGACAUCCAAAGAAGGCCGCUUGCGUCGGUACGACGGUCAAUGGAGGCUUUGUAUAGCCUGUUCUUCCCAAACAGCGAAUUGUCAAUGUCUGCGGCUCCUAUUUUAACGACGCGCGAUCAAAGACGCCUAGAGACGUGGAGUGGGUUGUGUUCGGCACUUGACACCACCGUGUCUCCACGAUGGCGUUAUCGUCUGGAGUCGGCAGCUAUUCUAGUCGCUGAUAACCUGAUCGCUGAAAUUGAAGCAGCCAGCAAACAAAUUCAGUAGAAUAGAUUUAACUUACGUGGGGGUUGCUUACCUUGUGGCCUCCUGUGAGGCCGCAGUCGAAGCAUCGUCCUAUAGAUGACGAGGCGGUGAUUUGUCCAACCGUCGGCGUCGCACAUCCGCUUGGUCAUCAGCACGUCCUGUCGAUCUGGCUUCCCAACGAGAACGUAGUUCAAUAACUACAAUCGCCGCGACCGAGGGUGCAUCCAGGUUGCCAUCCCUGCAUCGAAGGCGGAGGAAAGUAUUAGUGAGAAGAAGUCGGUGUUCUGCACCGGUUUGCAUGUGGAGGAGGCCGUUGUUGUUACAGUCGUCAAGUCCAUGGGGACCCAGCACCCCCUGCCAGUCACCGUGGUUUAUCCCGAUGCGGAUACUGAGAUCAUCAAGUCCAAUCAGCCACCGGUAGUGCUUUCAGGUCUUCAUAGAACUUUUUCCUCACCUCGUUAGUGUUGGUCAUUGGGCGAACUUAGACACUGACAACGGUGGCGAAUUUGGCUCCCUGAAGAGACGGUCAGUUAAAUAAACCUGUUCCGGAGAGCCAAUUUUCUUCUUCUAAGGUCGUUAAUGCCCAGAGGCAUACAGGGCAGUCGUUCCACGCUGUUGUUCCGGAUGGCAAAGGCGAUGCCUAGCGUCAUGUCGCUCUGCCUAUGAGCUGCCGCUCCAGCGGAAGAUGUGGCCGUCUCCCACCUCCUCUAGCUGACAUCGUUCCGCGAAACGGGGCUCACUAGAGGCAAUACUGUCGACCUUAUGGCGCGCCAGUUCUCGAGCAACUAACGCUGUCCUCUGUUCCGGCCGGUUGCUCCGCGGAUUGUCUAGAAGAGUGGGCAUUCCAGACUGCCCGAGUGAUUGGACUCCCUCCAGCAGCUUGUGGGGUGAGGCGAGAGGAAUUCGGACGUAGAUUGUUGUUUGUUUGAUUAUUUCGACCGUGAGUGGUACACCUGCGGGCCACUGCCUGCUUGAAGAUGGCUUGAUCCCCCCAGCAAUUGUUUAGGACACUUUUUCUGGCCCCUUCCCCGCGACGGGGUAAGUAGUGCUGUCCCUAAAUAGGGCUACUAAGACGUCCCAGACGGCUGCUGAACUCCACUAUGGGUCAUGACAUGUUUUAAUGGGAGAGCAACCCGAGUUAGCCUGGGCCGCCCACGGAAUUGCAUGUCGUCCUCUCUGUAUAACUUUUUGCAAUUGGGGAGUGGGGAGGGGGCAGUAUUACCGCAUGUGGAGACACGUGAAACCGGAUACUCUCUUCUGUUUUAGCCCCCCUUUCGAGGCGGUUAAGGGGUGUGGUCGCUAGGCAGAGCCUAAGUUCUGGGAGCCACUGUUGAGAGUUGGGUUCCAGUUAAGGACCGCGUGGAGCACCCACCACCUGCACGGGGCAAAUUAUGUGACCUCUGACCUUUACACGCCAUGUAAACAUACAUCGAUACAUGCAGCCUGUCGUGCAAGGAAAAUUCUACCGUCUUAGCCCGGUAUUUGUCGUCGGCGGGAUACGCAUUUUUGACGCGCCUCGGGCGAGAAGAAUGAGAAGAAAGAAAAAGGCAGGCAGAAAAACGAAGAAGACAAAAAUAUACGAGGAGAAACCAGCGAAGUCAACUGGUGAUGGUUGCCCAAGUCGAACACUCUAGUCCUCCCGCUCUUUUGUUACUCCGUCGCUUUUUCGCACCCACACAUGGUCGGGAGAGCCGUCAGCAUAAGGGUGAGGGGCAGUCUGUUGAUUGCCUUUCCUUUUAUUACGGUGUGGGGAGGGGAGGGAGGGCUGGUCAUAAAGUGUGGUGUCAGCGGAUGUGCGUCUGGCCUCUAGCCACCCCACUCCCCCCUUCCCCGUUAGUGCGCCAUCGCCGACAGACUGACCCGCCCGCAUUUGAGGCCUGCAGGCGCUGAAUUAGUCUUCUUUGCGUCAGUAGGUGCUGCGUCUUCCCUCUGUGCCGUCUGCUUCGUCCUCAUCAUCCUUUUAUUCUUCUUACCAUCUUGGCCCAUUCCCUGACCCCCGCUCCUUCCUAGCACGAUUCGUCCUAUUAUGUUCUCUCUUCCUAUUGUCGUCGUGUUGACUGGCAUCCUCCUGCAUUUUUUGGUUGACAUUCAAAAAUGUGAAAACUGCCUGCUCUACUUGUUUAGGGGGGAACGGGCGGGAAUUAGGCUUUUAGCGCUAGAUAGUGCAUUUGUGUAUUGCACCCAACACUCGUGCUAUACAGGCGCAUAAGAAGAACAUACAGUCGGGUACACUAUAUCCAGUUGUGCCAUUCGCGCUAAUUGAAAAAGCCUAAAUUGCUUCUUCGCGUUCUUCCUUUCUCCUGAUUUGGUUGAUUACGCAUCCUCUUCGGUAGAUUCCCUCCCCAUCUGUUGCGUUCCCAUUUCAUACAACCUAAUUAUUGCUCUUCUGUACCUCUUGCCAUUGAACUCCGUUAUAAUAAAAAAAAUAACCUGGGAACUCCGCGUACUGUUCGUAAUUAACCUUCUCGGGCAGAGGCUGCAUUCUUCACAUGACUGCGAUACCCAUGGGCGCGUGUGCAUAAGCAGGCGAAUUGACUCUCAUACGCGGUGCGAACAAAUGUACUCGCCUUUCUUCGUCUUGCGGCACUUAAGAUCUACUGAGGUCUUAUUGUGUCUUUCGAAAUACAGGUUUGCAUAUGUAUAUUUAUGUGAUGCAUGAUGUUUUCUUCCCCUAAACCUUCCAGCGUUUCAACAUCUGUUGAUUUUUUCCCACUCCACCACCGAGCGCUGGCAUUCGGCACCCUAGCCAUGUGUUCACGUGCAUGCCAUUGCGUGGGUUGUUUGUGGGACCUCUGGGUUUUUAAAUCGUCAAUCCCAGCAGGUCUAUGGAAGUUAAAAGUGAUCAGCUGGUCAAGGAUAACUGAUGGAGCCCACAAGGCCCGUAACUGGAUUGCUUAUUGUCCGUCUUAGACACACUGGAAAGUCCCUAAAUCGCGUCCCUCAAAAGCAUGCCAGGACAAAACUCCCAGGACACGUCACUGCAUGUUCACAGCCAAAUGAUUUCCUCAAAUAUCUUGACCAUCGUGUAAAUCAUUCGAGGGCGGACAGCCAACUUCGGUGACUUGAUUGACGAUCAGUUGGACACUCUUGGGAAUGCGACAAGGGCACUCUGCAACGCGUAGGUUGAGUCAAAAAUUCAAUAGCCAGGACAUCCGUCAGACAGAUUGGCAUUGAAAAUGGAAAAAGCUGCGGCUCGGGCAUGGGAAUAUGGACUCUCCGUACUACAGGUGGCUUCUCGCUAAAUUCCAUAGGUUUGCCUUUUUUCGUGUCCUCCUAGCGACAGUUUGACCGUCGAUUCCGACUAUGUCCACCGUGUGCCUCACAGCAGGGUGGGCGCAGGGACGACGACUUGCUCAGGAAUCAGUUUAUAGUAGUAGUAGACUUGCACAGCAUCUACUGAACUCUCUCCCUCUCCCACCUGGACCCAGUGUCAAAACGGAUCGCGCGCAAUGACCGGCAGAACUAAACAACUCGUCUUAGCGUGUCACACACACACUCACGAUCCGUGUACAAGGGGCCAGUUUUUUUACACAUCUAGAAAGGGGGGCAGCUCGGAUGUCGACUGAGUGGGAAUGCCAUGGACGACACAUUCAGAAGGGACCAUUGCAGCCCGCGGCCUCUGGCGCACAGUGGUAGUUUAAAAACGUACUGUGCGCUGACAGUCGGCCUUUCUCUCUUCCUCUUCCAGGCGUCAGUCCACUUUCCAAGCCGUCUGCUCAACCGAUGCUGAGAUUGGGCGUCGUGGCUGACAGCUGCGACAAAUCCGUCUGGGCGUGCCACAGGCCUAACCCUCAUAACCGUAAUGCUAACCCUAACUCCAAUCACCCUUGAAUUUAGCGCAAGGUUACCUUUGGUGCAGGAGGUCCAUAUUUCCAUGUCCAGCCGAGUUGUGGCUUUCCAUUUUAAGAUAACCCUGAUCGAUAGGACCCGCUACACUCUGGUCUUAACGUCUUAGCCACAUGAGCGAGUUAAAGUGCCGAAGUUUGUUGUGCAUGGUUUGCUGUCUGUUGAAUACAAAAGCGUUUCCUGUCCAACUUCCUGUACAUCCCACUUUCUCAUAGCUGUACGUAUUGUUUAUCUACCUGCCUAUGCGACUCCAGUCUGUCAUCAAGCCACUUUUUGUUUCUUGUACAUGUGAAAAGGUGAUUUAAUUGUAGUAAACUACAGAAGUAGAUAUGGGACUUUUUCUCCUACCGGUUGACAAAGUUAUAUAGGUAGCCAUUCGUUCUGAGAACCCGUCGAAGGUAUUACAAUUAAAAAACCCAGUUUUCUGGUUCACUGCAGUGCGUCUCAACACGCCGAUAUAGCUCCCUCAUCCGAGUGAGCGUCUUGUUUCAGAGACCGGAUUUAAUUUCUUAUUCAGAUUUUCCAAAUCUGCGCGAUAAUUGCUGGACCUGUCAUGUUGGAGUGGGUUCUGAUCUAAAUUUCGUCGCCCAUGUGGAUAAAUCGUUAUAAGGACUCAGUACUCCUACUCCUCAUCAUGGGCCUUCAGGAAAUGCUAAGCCAGACUCCCCGCGUAUGAGUAAUUCCUCCGCGUCCACGGACUUAAUUCUGUAUAGACUGUGGCGUAGGUCCUAACGUUCACUGACCAACCUCCAGCGGAAGGACAUCCAAGUCGCCGCAGUUUCACUCAUUCAAGUCGUAUGCACUUCGUCUGAUCAGGACAAAAGUAUACCUGAGUUCUCACCCUCUGGCCAAGAUUCCAAAAUAUAUGUUUAACCUGUGGAAAGGUCUGAUUCUGGUUUGACUCAUACUUCUUCAUUAGAAGAUGCGGUUGCUGGAACAUCCAUCAUCAGAGAUAAUCGUUGUGUUCCGGUUCUAGCGGACCUCCUGGAUCCUGCCAGUAUUUCAGUCCUAUGGCAAGGAUGGGAAGGUCGGGGGACAAAUCUAGACUCUCUUAUCUUCUGCUAGUAGGAGAUCCUGGUUCUGGCUCCGUCCGCUCACUCACCUAAACCAGGAUCAGUUAGCCAUAACGCUAUGCUCCUUCGAGGUACAGGAGUUUGUGUACGACCGUGAGAAUGAUGACAGCGUGCAACCGCCACCCCCUCCACCCGCUUGAGAGCUAAUCGUGGUCGCCGCACCUCCAUGACGGUCCAGCCAUCAGUGCGGAAUUCGCCUUGGUGACCGCCGUUUCAGCCUUAGCUAACAGAUGUUCCAGAGGCUCGGGGUUGAGGGGGCCGCUGGUCAGUCGUAAUUUUAUGUGAACCUCCCAGUCCAGUCAGAUGUGUGUGUGCGCGCGCGCGCCGGAGAUGGAGGCGACGGUGUCACAUUCAGGACUCCUGGCACCACCUCUUGUCUGUCCGUGUGACCGCCGACGCCGCCCUGACGUCUUUGUGAGUGUUACAAAUGCUAAGUCUUGGUUACCUCCACCCCGACGAGGUCUCCUCCUGUUGCCAGGCCACGCUCCGCCCAGCGUGUGCUCGCGUACACGCGUGUCUAUGCCUCACCUAUCAUCGGUAGUGUCAAGUCUGUACACAGACGACCCUGCGGUGUUUUUGCCGUGAUGCGAACCCCCGAUUCGCUCCCACCCCCGUGAUUUCACACACACGCACACAGUCAUUGUGCCUCCCGCCAACGUGUAUCUGGCUUCCCUAAUUGAAGGACAUGUGCUGCAUCGUCGCGCCAAAUGGCCUGCUUGGACUGGGCGGCAGGUUCGGGGGGCUGGUUGACGCUGCAGGCCCACGAGGCGAUGCGACUUCAGUCCAAUCAAAUUGCCGUCAGAUGGUGCUGAAAUUGAGACCAUAAUCUGUGCGAUAAUUCAACUUUCUCUCUUCCUUCGUCGUCUCCAAUCCAGGAAGGUGAAACGAAGACAAGACAAACGCAGAUGGGUUCGCUGCCGAACGGAGGACCCCCUCUCACCUUUCCAAUCUUGCCCUCAUCUCAAAUCUCACAGGUGUACAGAAUAGUUCAGUCAAUAGGGAACCGUCUCCUGAAGUUUAACCAUACUGAGGAUUAAUCGUUACAGUUCAGGCUGAGGAUAACAGAUUGUGCCCGUAUGCAUGCGCCAACUGGUUCAACCGGGAACUCCAUCGUAGUUGUUGUUUGCUGGUUGCACACCCGACUACGUUUUAUUCCAACUUGCAUUAUUAUACUAAUGUUACUUUUCCCUAUGUUUUUGCCCAUAAUUCUUAGUAUGUUCUUCAUAAUUAUGCUGUAGUUUUAUUCAACGCCGAGUUUCCUUCCACAGCUUUUUACUUCUCCGCCACCACACGGGGUUUUUAGUGCCUUUGCGUCCGGGAAGUGGGCAGCUUUUUUGCUGCCGUAGGUUCAGACAGUUUAACCAGGUUUAAUCUUUAUCUUACCGCCCAUCGCCUAUUUCAGUUGUAUGAGAUGUCACAUUUCUUUGACAUCUCCAUGACCUUUAUCUCCAAGUAUAUUUGCGUCCUGCGCUAUUCCACACGCAUUAUCUUUACUGUGCAGUGUCUCGGCCUGUAGGCCUAUCGCAAUGGAGAUGAAAUAGUGUUUCAAUUGGCUACUCUGAUCUGGAUCACGUCAACUGAGCUCCUCGCCUACUAGGCCUUGUGACACCCGCGCACACGCUCAGAGUUCCCUAACGACUUGUUCAGCCACCCCGUUGCCACUCUUAACACAGCCUGCUCCCUCCCCAACCUCUACUUAUCAUUCUGAUUCUGCGCGCUUACGCCCUCACAACCACUACCACAUUUUGCCACACGAACUCCCGCAACAUCGACGCAUGUGACAGAUGUUAUCAGCAGUCAAUUUUGCCCAAAAGCACGACCCGUUGGUGGCCCUUUUAGCCAGUCUGCUCUGCGCUUUGCGCCAUCCUAACGACCACUCUCGGACUCCGUCGGCCCGCGUGCGUCCGUAUACCGUGCCCUAAUUUCAUGCCCUCCUGUCUCUUUUCCUCUCCUUGCCAAGGGCGGUUGAGAGACAUACCACACGCCGAACCCUGAUGAUUUAACUCUAGUCCCCUUUGAGUGGUUGCGCGUCUAAAUCGGAGGCCAUAACACAAAUAAGUCCGGCCCUCCUCGCCGAUAGUGUUGCUGCUGCCGACUUAAUUGCUUCGAAAGCCAACCCGUCCACGCUGGACCGACCACAAUUUUUUUGCUCCACGCGCUGGCUGCUGCGUGCGUGCAUAUUCGAAGUAUCCCUGCUCGUAUUUAUUUCUAUACGUAGUUGACAGGGGUAGCCAUUGCGUUGCAGAAACCUACCACCUUACGGAAGAUGUUUUGUUUGCUGUUGCUACCGAGGCUCCCCCGAGAGAUUAAUUUAUCCUUCGGCGCGCACUUAUUUUCUGACAGUCAAACGUCUACGGUGUUAUUCUGCUUCGGUAUCAAUGACGUUUUCCUUUUAUGACCCGAGUGCUUUACUGUGGGAUGUUCACAGUUUUUGCGUACUUCUUGUGGCCGGGCAGACUGACAAGACUAUGAGGGAUGAGGUUAGCACUAACCUCUUCAGAUUGUCAGUGCCUGCUUUCUCCGCAUGGAGUUGAGGGAGUUAGCAUUCCUGAUUGCACGCAAUUCCCACCAUUUCAUUAGUCAGACUGAGUUAUAAGACACCAUACUCGACAUAUUCUCAGGUCUUGGGUACGGGGUUACUUCUUGUGUGUCCUCAGUUAGCUACUGUGACAUGGAAGUGAGAGAGAGAGAGAGGAGACGAGAGGAGAGAGUGAGAGAGAGAGAGAAGAGAAGAGAAAGAGGUCGACCCAACGUUGGAAUAGGAUACCUCUCCGCCCUAUUCCGGUAGCCCUGCACCGAUUUCCAGGGUGAUUCGGGUUAGAGUUUAGGGUAGGGAUUGUGUAUAUUCCCCCUUCCCUCCACCGUGGCAACACAUGGAACAGGAACUGCCCCUAAUACAGGCGGCUUUGUGCCAAAUUCUGCGGAAAUUAGGAGCAGGGCUAAGUUUAGGAUUUGGGUUGAAGUUAGGAAUAAGGUUAGGGCAACGGUUAGGGUUUGGGCUAGGGCUAGGUCAUGGGAAUAUUUACCUUUUACUGGAACUUAGCGCAAGGCAGUCCGUAUUACGUGGGUGGGAUAUUCCUAUUCCCGUAUCCUAUUUGGGGGCUAUAUAGGCGCUUCCAACCGAGUUAAGGCUAGGACCUGUGCUCUGACAAUCUGGAUGAUAACGUCCCAUACUACAGGAAAAUACUGAAGCAGGGGUUGUAGCCCUCAAAUGACGAUAUUAAGUUCUGUACCCCUCAGAGUUUGUACUGUCUCCAAGCAGUUAGGACAACAUAAGCUGGCGUCGAAUCGCCUCUUUGUUUCUACCACUUCCAGGUUCUUCAUCCCAUUAAAAAUGUUCGAAACUGACUCAUCCGUACGGCUCGCAAAUUCCAAUUACUUCCUACUUUGUUUUCUCUCACCGCAGUGAAAAAAAACCCGUGCUAGAAGUGGAUGCCAAACUUAUUGGACUAACUAAAAUGUUUUUUGUUAGGAUUGGCCAUGGGAACCGGGGAAUUGUCUGAGUGACAAUCGAAUCACUGACCUGUCCGAAUCCGCGUUGGGUAACCUACUUCAGGGACGCUGCAGCUAUGCAAGUUAAUAGAUGGUUCCAUCGUUCUGAACGAGAUCUUGGGGACGGAGGGAUGGAGGGUGUGUGGUCGGUAGGCCGCACCAAACUGUCUUCUGACGACCCAAGUUUCCUUAUUCUCACAGUUUGUCUUGGUAAAAAUGCUAUGGUUACUAAAGCCUGCUGACCACAUUGAGUUUCUGGCACAGGACUGGACUCCAACUCGUUGAACACGUGCCAUGAAGGGUUGCGGCUAUGAUCACUGCACGUGGAGGGGCGGUGAGGUGUUGACCAUUUACUGAACAGUUAUUUCUUCCAAUUUUAGACCACAACUCAAUGUCUUUUAUGGGUUUCCUCUUGUAGAAUUUAAUGGUAGAUACUUAUUGCAUAUUUAUUGUUUUCUGUGGCCGAAAAGGCAUAUUGUGAAUUAGGCCUUACGCACUGGAAAAUAAGCGAGAAUAAAGUGCGCACCUUGACUAUGGGGCACAUUUUUUCACCAACAGUUGAAGCCUAGCGGACACAACGCGAUGGAAUUCUUCCUGCAUUUGGCUAUGACGCUAGAUGUUGGCAUGUACUCCACAUGACUUGAUUUUAUUGCGUCGCGGCGCAAGUAAUUUCUCCAUUCGAAUUGACCGCAUCAAUCGGCAUGCCUGCCUGCACAUACUACAUCUAUCUGUCUUUUUCGGUUGCGAAAGUAGGUUGCCAUUUUUGGCCAUGCUGGGUGCUGGUAUUUAAAUCCACUUUUCGUGAACCAGUGUUUGCUGUAUGCGUUGCUGUCGGUCAAGCAAUUCGUAUUUAAUUUGCAAUUCAUGAACACGGACAUUAAUUAUUAAUAAAUACACCCCAGUGGCGUUUGGCCCUGACGAAAAUAGUUUUGGCGACAUUAAAAGGUCCAGAGGUCUUUUAAAGCCUACUCAGGCUCUCUUCCGCCGACCACCACAUCGAAUUGGUGCCUUGCUGGGCCUAGUCCUCUAAUUACACACAAACGCUCACUCAGUAAGUCUUUUUUGAGGUCCCUUGUGCGUGGAUGCAGUGUUUGAAGAUGCCGAGUUGUGGUAACAGGCUUUGGCGCGCGUAUCUUUGACUGCUGCUUCAUUUUACCACAAUGUUCGGGCCCGUGGGGGGAGGGGUGAGGUAAGCUGGUUAGCCAAUCGUUUGUAGCCUUCUCUAGACUUCGUCUUCGACCCACUACCACACCUUUUGUUCACGAUGUCCCCCCCCUUCCUUUCUUCAAGGCGUUCUCUUCUCAUUUGCAAGAGUCGCAAGGCAGCGUUAAGCUUUCUUACUUUGUCGGCUGCUGAUUCACACUUAGCACCACAUUCUAGCGGAAUUGGACAACUCUAGGGCAGAACGUGUGUUUUUGUGCUCAUGCGUCGUCUGAGUGCGUCUAUGCGCAAGUCACGGCGUGCCCAGUUUGUGGAACAGCGGUGAUGCCCGUCGCUCGCGACGGUUGAACAAUCGUAUGUGUGUGCGAUUGUCUCAGUUCCCACGGUUCUGUCUUGUUUGGUUUGUUUUGCUUCAUGACACUGUCUUUUUUGUGGCACCGCUGUAGAGAUCGCGUCGUUGUGCAAACACACACACACACACACACACACACCCACUUUGGUCGUAGUCAGAUCCUACCAUGAAACCGGGCCUCGACGGCUCCUUCCUCCUCCCCCCCCCCUCCACCCAGAUGGUAAGCUCGCAGCACUAAAAGGCCAGUAAUAUUAACCCAGAGGUAUAGUCCUUCAAGCAUCCCAAAUAUUCUAUAAUUACAAACUUGUAAAACUGUAGUCUGCGUUUCCUUCGGGGACUAAGUUGAAAAAAAAACACAGCUCUCUACAAGCUACACAAAAGAAAUGACAUUUCUCUACAUCCCGUUCUAAGCAUAUUGUUGAAUUCACACAAUCCGCGAAAUCAAACGAAAAAUUACUUAAUUAGUUGUUGGAAAGAUGGUGAAUCAGUAGCCUUUAUCCUAGAGUGUAGAAAUCAACUUCAAAUAUUAUUUAAAUCUGAUAAAUUUCUCCAGCUCGACUUGCAGCACAUUUGAAAAUGUCUCCGCGUUUUACGAGCUUCUGGGCGUGGUGUAAGUCCCUGUGAAGUAAUGACCACUGCGCAGCAGAAUUAAGUACGUUGUCGUCUGGGAAUUCCACACUAGAUCUUCAUUUUCAGAAGGCAACUUUCGCCCCAUCUGCAUUUGCCGGUUGUCAACUUCUAAUGCAUAUUUUUAAGUGCGGCUAUCGGAAAUAAAUUUGCGUCAUUUUUAUGCAAGCGGUAAAACUGACAGGAGAGAAUGGGGCCGUCGACAAGUAUUACUGACAGACAAGAGGCGAAUACUUUGUUGCUACAAAGGGAUUUCGCGCGUGUUCAUCGGCUGCUGCUUCGUAAUACGGAUACCGAGCAACGAAUACACGGCAUGUUCAAUUUGUUUCCUUUUGUAAAUAACAAAGUCAUCGUUCAGGGCACAGCAGUGACCGGUCUCGUGAAGUGGUAAUCGAAAUUCUGAAGUCUGUUUUCAUUUAGGAAGGAUUACUUUAGUUGGGUUGUAUUAUUAACUAUCGCGCAAUAUAAUCCCAAGAUAUUUCAGUCGCGCCAGGGUGCCGACUUCUGAAUGCACUCUUUUUUGGCGCCUACAAAAACCGCGCUCGGUAAAAAAGGACUACUUAACUGGUAUUAACUCCUCCCAUCGAUUUAUAAAUUACAAUAUAUUUUGCAUUAGAUAUGCCCGAAAAUACCCUUUCUCGUACUCAUUUAGCAGGAAAUCACACCUUCCUCGAAUUUGGUAAGUGAAAAAGGGUAUCUUUCGGUCUUAAAAAAUUGGGAAAUUUUCCAAGAUCGUGAGGUGUCCAUUCAAAUGACAUUGUAUCUGCGAAGCAGGCGGCACGAACGCUGAAACAAGAGCUUUAUUAGCCUGAUAUUUCGGAUUCACUCGAAUCCAUCAUCAGAGACAGUUAGAUAAGGGUAGUAAAUUGCCCAGGUGUUGCAGUAUUUAUAGGAUUUAGUUGCUAGACUGCUACAUGCCUAUCAGACUUGGCAGCUCCCCAGUACAUCACGACUCGACUGGCCAAGUUGCCAUGCCGUUGCUAUGUCCUUAUGUGUCGGUUCCCAUGCUGAUCGCACGCAGACGAGUUGCUGACUGUCGCAUCUCGUCAUCCGUGUGGACUCUUGGGCAAUUUGGCCCACCGAAAUUGACACCAGGAACAGUGAUCAUCCUCACGCUCUCCUCGUGGCUAACUACUCUGCCUAGGCAAAGUCUCAGCGCCAAAUAUGGAGCGGGGAGUGGUGUCAGAAAACCAGCAACUCCAACCGUUGAACGACUGCCUCGCCUAUGAGUCCUGAAAUUGGCGAACACGUUAGCAUGCCCCUUACCGGCUCGUAGAUUGUUCCGUCGAACGUAAAGUACGUCCUGAGACAGAGCUGCUGGAGUUGGAGGAUUUGGGCGUGUCCACGGCGGUUCUUUGUUUCGUCGUAUUUGUCUCGUAGGAGUAGUUGGAUGGUCUCGACUGCCAGGUCCUGCGACAUAGAAGUAAAAAGGGUAGGUGACACCAUAGGAUACCAUGACGGCGCUUGGCAGGAGGCUUACCCCUUUUAGUUUCUACAAGAAUUGUGUUGACGAACUGACUGUAGUAUGUGGAUUUACGAUCAGAAAUUUGAGACGCCGAAACAGCCAUUUUGCCAGUCUGUAAGUUGGAGUACCUCUGACUGAGCCUAUAGGCCGGAGGGGACACCCUCUUUGUGCACUGUGGGAAGACCAUAGAAGCGGGCCAAGGCCGUGUUCCCGGCUCUCGCCACGCGUCGGUCAACCGGUGAUAUUGCAUCCGGGUUUUCCAAUGCCAAGAGCGUUGCAUUGGUUUCUCGUGUCAGUAUUUUUACGGGGUUGAUUGUGCAAGGGACAUAGGACUGCCGGUUCUCCGGUAAACGUUUGACCUUCUGAAGGUUGUCCUGUCCAAAACAACCGCAGAAUUCCCUUCUGCACUUUACUGUCCUUCUUACAGCCCUUUCGAGCGGCCUUAUUUUCCGUGGAUUAGGCUGUGUUCCGACCUAUUGCCUUGUUGCCUCCACAGAGAUUUUCUGAAAAAUGUUAACCUGCUGUGUGCUGGUUACUUGCUGCUCGUGUUAUUAAACGAUAGCAGUUGAUAAGCCGUCAGGAGACUUGUUUUAAAUCCAUAAUUGGGCCACCAUGGCUCAAAAGACAGGUCUAAUUGACCAUUUUCGGGUUGUUUUCCGGCGCCAGCCGGCCGUACUCCAAUCUAUGCUUAGUAGUUCUUAUUGAUUGCUCAUACUGCGCGCAUCCACCUCCCUUCCCCGAGGGUUUUGGAUUGGAGUUCCAAGUCCACAAUGAGAGCUUAUAUUCAGUCCUGCAGUCAGACUAGAUUUGUCAAUACCACCCUGUCCUGACCCGCCACCGAUAAUCAGCGUGCCACACUCUACCCGCCACUCAGCGUUCAUUUGUCCAUUCUAGACUUCAAACCCUUGCUCCCAAUCUUUGACCCCUCUCUGGUGCCCGUUCGUGCCUGUGUGAUGAAGGAAGUCUUACUGAUUGAGAAAUUGGCGAAACGCACUGAUGACUUUUCAUGCCCCCGAGACAGCGAUUCUCUGUUACUUGUUUGAAUUAUUAAUCCAUGUCUACGGCAGGUUUGUUUUUUCCGAGUCCGCAUAGCCGUAAUUGACAAGUUCGGGAUGGAAAUAAUCGUAGAAUUCACACCACACACACCGGUGUCCCGACGGGGACUUAUAAUACCCUCCACCUUCUAUUUAAAUGAUUCACUAUUCAUUCGGUUUCCUUUAUCUGUAGGUUACUUUACCGGAUACUACGCCCCUGAGGGUGUUGUCAUACAGCCAGCGCUGACGAACGGAUCCUUGCAGCAGUGUGCCGCUGCACAGACACCGGUUGCGACGGGCAAUGGCCUAGUGAUGGGCAGUGGUUCUGGCAUGUCAUCCCUCUCAGGAAGCUCGGGCCCUCAACACAGUGGUACUCCGCUGGGCUCCACAAAGACCGGUGGCGGACUCCAACAGACGACGCAGCAACUAGCCUAUCUGCACUCCGCUCAAGGCUAUCGAAACGCCGGUAGCAGUCUCGGCAGCGGCAGCGGAAGCGGUGGCGACGGGAGCAGCCACCUGCGGAGCGGUAACCACCGUGGACACUUUACUGGGUAAGGGAGUUCAUUCCAUAGGCCAGCUGGCAAUAAUGAUAAUCAUUUCGUUUUUUCUCUUUUCCGCACGCAAAUCUUUGCGUGCGCGGUUGAGCCGAGAAAUUGAUUGGGAUCUGUAGCAUGCGACCUAGAAUUGGAUGCACACUGUGUCAGGUGGGCUGUCCGCGUUGCCUGGUCCGUUUCGGUAUAUGAAUCCGCACGCGUGCAAUUUGUGUAAGACUGGGCCGGAGUGUCUACUCAAUCGGUGUAUCUGGUAUCCUCUUUGAUCGUAUUGCUCGAGUCUUUCCACUGAAACAUGAUGGGUAUGGAGAGAGAGGGGGUAGAGCGAUGCUGUGCAAGAAUUUCUCACUGUAAUCCUUUUCAUGUGCGGGCCACCACUGUCAUUCAUGUAGCGAUGACCGCCAACUUGCACGACAGGUGAAAUACCAUGUUUUUGUGGCGUGUUGAAUGCUCACUGGCCUAUCCACAUGAGCAUUUGCACGCGGUCCAGCAUUUUCCUUUGACCUUCUGGAACAUUCAGCUGCCAUCAAUGGUUUUUCAGGGCAUUGAAUAUACAAACACCUCACCUCGACAGCUGCUUCGAUCACUGGGAUAAGUCGCAUAGAGGUGGCUGUCAGGUUCCAACCGCGUCCGAACGUUCGAAGUUAGGAUCGUCGGAUCAGCAACGCACACCGUGGUACACGUAACCCGAGACAGGAAACGGAGACUUUUCCGGUAAACCGCUGCAUCCGAUCUGCUUUCCUGUCAUCCAGCGUCUGUCCUGCUAUGGGAUGUUAGUGUGACCCGAGAACAGGGGCUACGGUGCGCAGUCCCCCCCCCCUCUAAUCGCACCCACACGCCAGCCUUGAUCAACAAACGGGUUCACCAUGAGCGAUGCAUGUCUGUGCAUGUAAACACGGCCGGCCUGGCAGACGCCGCGCUCCUUGAAUCGAAGUGUAGGGCGAAUGAGUGACCAUCCGUCAUCCCCCCCUUCUGUUUGUUUUCGCUCUACUCAUCUGUAACUGUUUAUUUCAAGGCACUUCUAAGUAAUCAAAACUGAUAGUUCCCACGCCUAGGUACUCGUUUCUAGUAAACGAAUUCAUGCACAUUGACUAAGAAAACGGUAUUUACUAAUCAAGUAACUUCGCUUCUGUCACUAUCUUGAAUGCCCCUUUAGGCAUUUUUGUGCGUUUGUCAUGGCGUUAUUUGUGUGUUUGGUCACCUUUUCGCUUACUCAUUUAAUCUUAUUUUCUCGGACUGACUUGUCUCCAUGUUCACCCGACUGUUCCCUUCUGUUCAGUUUAUUAGGAAAAACUACAUGUGUUGCUUUGACCAUCCAGUCUUCAACAUCAAAAGAUGGGAUCAUGUACUGAAAAUUAGGUAGGUUGGAGACAGUCGCAUAAAGCCGGCGCAGAUUCAAGCAUGAAGCUCGGAAAAGUUCAAAUGUUCAAUGCUAAGGUUCAUUUUCAAGCACGAUUUUCUCAGGGUUGUCAUUAAAGGUCACUACUAAUGGGGUGGGCAAUUAAUGUUUCCAUGCAUAGUUUUACUUGAAGAGCGUGAGGCUUGAAGGUUAGUUUUGGUAGCGAAUUAAAGGAGUCGCCAGUCGGCAAUCUACCCAGCACGCAGUGCAGAAUGUUUGCAUCAGAUCUUCCUGCGCUCUUCUAUAGCUCGAAGAAACUAGACUCAAAUUUACUAACCGCGAUGCAUUGGACAAAGAGUCUUAAGUUCUGAUCGGUUUGACGGUCCACCGCACUCAUUCGAAGCACCUGAUCCUGGAUUUUCCAGGUAUCCAGGCUUGGAAUACACACUUAAAACGCCGUCCCACAAGGGCUAAAAGUCUCGGGAUAUUUUUUUCAGAAUUUGCACAGGUUCCCUUGAUGGCGCGCAGUUUUAGCAACUUUUGAACAGCGAGUAGGUCGCACUGGAUUCUUUUGAGCUUCUUCACCUCGCAUAGCUUUCGGUUGGGGCUGUAGGCUUUUAUGUCGAUUCGUAUCAGACCGUGCAACUCAUCGUCUCCGUCCCCAGAUUUGGGCGUAUCUUCACGACUUUUAAGAUUUGGAAGACGAGCCGUUUCCAUGUUUGCCUGUACAUGGCUACUUGUCACUUGACGAAAUUAACGUAGUUCCGCACUUGCUGUCCACAACAAAUAUGUCAACGACCAGUUCUCCCCUGCGCUCGAUUUAAGGUCCAUUUCGUGGUUAUGCAACUCUUGUCAGACUUCCUGUCUCCGUUUUCGCGAAACAGGUUUGAAAGACGAUGCCCAACUUGCAUGUACACUCCAGUGUCCUGUCUUAAGGUCCUUCCUACCACCACACCCUUCAUUCUCUGUUGCUGACCUCCUUUAUAUUCCUGUGAGCCUUCUCUGGGCGCGAUGUGGUGCGACAUCUAUGGGUUCUGGUCUCUUUGAGUUCAGUAGUUACCUUGGCGCUAAUUGCAGCCUCGCCGUGACUCAUCCACUUCCGCUGCCUUCGUCAGUCAGAUCUGUCCUUUCAGCAGGCCAGAAUGAGAGACUUCUUUCAUAUUCGCCCUUUCGAAUAGCCUUUUCCAGUAUGUCAUUCACGUUGAGGUCGCUAUAGUACAAAUUCGCAGCAUUGGAACGCUUACGACCACUAAGACCGCUGAAUGGGUUGGUUGAUUCCUCUUGUGGACACCUGGACCUUCAUUACAAUAAAAACCUGUGCACCUACACACGUUUGUGCGUGUGUGUAUGGGAGAGUUAUCUCGACGGAAGGCUUCUGACCCGCAUCUCGGGAAUAACAACAGAAAAGCUCAGCACUGCUGUCCGGGAAAUGCCUGUGUUAUAAGUCCUACACGAACAACACGACUGCCACAACCAAAGAUGGGGUGUCGAUGGAAACUGUGAUGGGAACUGUGGUAGAUCAAAACACCUGUGCUAACCACCAAUAGUGAAAUAAUAGAGAUGCUGAUUGCGGUGAACUAAAGAACUUAGUGCCCACCAGGGCGAUCAAUGGCCCACAAUUCCCCGCAACUCGCCGUUGCUCACUCGCGACGGAACACUGUCUCUCUGCCCCAGCAACUGUCGAGACAAAGGCAAAUCGCCCAAGACCUCAAGGACGUUAGCAUUGUAAACCACUACAAAGGGCAAAAAAGUAACUUAUACGACUGUUAUUGAGAAUUGUUGUGUCUCGACAGCGCGACAGUCCACUUGGAACAAGGGCUUCCUUCGAAGACGCUUUGUCGCUCAAAAAAACACUGUGCAACCACCGACAUGAAUUUAACGUCCGCCAACUUUGAAAUAAUUGCCAAUCAAUGCGGACAAGUUUCCGCGAAACAUGCAUUAAUCGCACCAGGGUCUUUGCACGUUGAAUAGAAACAGACGCUGAAGGACAACUAGGGAUUUCUUCCGUCCUGCAAACUUCGCUACAGAAUGAAAUAGCUGCGCUGUGGCAGACGGCUCCGCUUAGUGGCCAGUGGUUCGAGCUCCAAUAUCUUCACUGUGACGAGCGGGGUUCAGCGGGACUGCGUACUCGCCCCAACCUUGAUUACCUUCAUUUGUGAUGAUGGUGGGCAACUAACCAGAUGAACGUCCUGGGAUAGAAAUUGAAUAUCUCCCUGACAGGAACCGCGAAACCUUCAAAGAAGGUAUGCUUAUGCAACAGUCUUAGAUGACGAGACAAAUGGUCUUCCUUUCGUCAAUGCCUGCACCUCAAACACCACGAAAAAAGCAGAUACGCUGUGGGGCUUGGCCCUCUCCACUCCUGUACACACAUACUUUGGACUAUCCACCACUUCUAUGCACCAACCGCUAGCGCCAGGCACGGAGUAAACAGCACCCUAAACCGCUGUCAAUUAUCCUUGCCUUGUUGAUAGGGAUAGGCUGUAGUUCUUGGGAUGCACAAUCUCUAGAAGUUUCACAGUUAUCAAUGAUAAGUCUGCUUGAAUCCUCAAGAACAGCCAAGAGUUUUGUAAACUGUAGCCUUAGGUCUAAAUCUGUUGUGUCAUCCACCACAACCCCAAACUGAUCACUGCUUAAUCACUGUUCUUUUCGGCACAGAAAACUGCACCAUUUCUCCUAUCAAAGCGAGAAAGCUCAGCCUCUAUGCUCUAACUUGUCCGCAGAGUAUUCUAGAGGCUUAGAAGUAAAAACGGACCCCAGACACUCGGAUCAUGCAAUCAAAUUACAUGCCCAACAUCUUUUCAAUGCUGAGACGAAACCAACUUAAUGAAACUGCCAUGCCGUAAGGACAACUGACAGGCGUCUGCAAUAAUUUUCAUUUUACAGGGAUGGUUCUACGGGCUGUUACAGUUAGUGAGGUCAGAAAAACGCGCUUGGGACAUCACAAAACGCCUAAGACUCGAAGAGGGGUCCUGAGAACAUGGAAUUGUAACUACACUACACCGCUACGAACCCUUACUUUGGCCUUUAUGGUAACACUGCAAGGGGAAGUGUGACACACCCACCCCUUAAGUACUAUGUUCGGGCUGCACCCAUGGAAGCCCGUCUCAUGAAACUACUAACUGCUGACUUCUGGCUGUCUUGCAGUUCUUUCCUCGGCAGUUGUUGAUGUCUGCGCGUGCGUGAUGUGACAUUUAGAGCCAGCGUUUUUGUUUUAUAAAAACGCCAGGAACUUGUUAUUUUUUCUCAGCAGAAGGCAGCUGAGGACUGUACUGUCGCAUGGGUGGGCGCCAGCCGUCGUCAUACCUCUGGCCUUGUUCUUCCAUUUUUCGAUAGCCCUGGGAACUGAAGACGGUUGACAGGCCCUUCGUUGAUUAGUAAAUGCUCCAAUGUGCUGUUUCGCGCUGUGCUUUGGUACUAACGGACCAGUCCUAUCUUCCAGCCGGUUUUUGCCGUUGAACUUAACAUUUAGAUCUCAUAUAGUGUGUUGUGCCAGUGCGUUGUUUUAUCUUACCUUGCAUAGAUUCUGGUGGGGUGAAGAGUAAUUUAAAUGAAUAACGUUUCUCGAUAAAUAUUGCUAACAAAAAGGACACCGAAAUGGUCAUUUUUGACCUAUUAAACGUUAUCGACCAGCGACCCACCAACUCCAGGCCCGAUACCUGGGAUUGGGACCAGAACCAGUUGCUCAUCGAAUUUUUUCAAAUCAAGCGAUCUUCCGCUUGAGCUGCGACCCCAAUCUGUGCCGACUGAGAUCGUAAAUACUCAGUUAUUUGGGAAUGGCAUUUGACGACCUAUCCGAUUGUAGGGCGGCACACGAGCAUUUCCAUUUCGCCUUGAAGUUACAGAUCUAGAGCCCACCCUGGCGAUGACAAUCAAUAAUAAGCAAGUGUUGCCAACAUAGUAGGAGACGCAUGAAUGACCACUCCUGUCAACCAGCUAUACCGCGAACCCAGGCCUGACAGCCCAGGGUUCCUCACCUGGGCCUACUUGACCAUUAAGUUACAGGCUGCAGACGGAUGAGAUCAAGGAUUUUUAAGAUUCCUCGUCAAACUAUUCGCUGUUGUUUUCAUUCCUGCGAAUUUUCUACCUUUCUGUGGUCUUGCUUUACGUGAACACAUACUGGCUCUUCUGUUCAGUAUGUUGAUUUUUUGUCUGCAGGAUAUUUAUGCAACCGUACGUCGGCUUAGCCUAAGAAAUUGACGUAUUUUUCCAGAGCUACUUUUACUGAAUCAAUCUAUUUCUUUCGACAUCGUCCUGGCUCUCGGUUACAGAAAUCUUAGUGGGACAUUAUCCAGUAAUGAGUCCGCCAACUCGGGGCCGCCUCGAUUCCCGUCCGUGGGGGGCGGUCGUGGCGCCAACGUUGGUCCGCGCGCCCGCUUCGGGUCCGACCAGUUCCCGCCCAUCUCCAAGUCUCACAGCACGAACAGCGGCGGCGACGGUGGUGGUGGUGGUGGCGGCUCCUUGUCACCUAGCUCCUGUCACCCUACGGAGACUCAGCACUCGCUGCACUCCUCCUCCUCCAUGGGUUCCCGAAUUCCGGAGGAGGGCGGGGCCACAUCCGCGACAGCAGCUACAAUGGGCUCGAUGACCUAUGAUCACUCUGUCGGUGAAACUGACAUUGCCGACAACAUGACGUACUCGGAGGUAAACAGCUCGGAGGGUGAACGCGAUGGGGAUGAUGAAAUGGAUGGGGGCGAGAGCUGCGCCGGUUACGAACACCCAGUUGCCGCUAUCGGUUUCGUCUCCUAA